AUCUCAUCCAUCCGAGGAGGCGAGGAGGGGGACGAGGCUCUUUCGCUCGUUUCUCCCCGGUCCGCGCCCACUGGGAUCCAGCAGGUAGGGAAAGAGGCGGGUGUCCCUUUGUUCUUGCAGGAGAGGCGCUUUCGAGGGCGGCUGCGGCAGCAAAAGAGAGAGAGGGAUGCAGCGAGCGCUUGGAGAGGGUCUCCAAAUCCUCGGAUCUUGGAGCGGAUACAAGGCUGUCGAUUCUCGGCUUGCGGGAAUAUCGAGCAAGGACUUUCAGUGGAUUCUCCUGAGACAUCCUGGAGAAACGUUACAAAUAUAUAUAUUCCAUAACACUGUCUGCUGAAAGAAAAAAGAAACAAGAAACGGUGCUUUAAAUGUGACCUUGUUGCUUCUGCAAAACGGGAGGCGACUUCCCCUUCGCGUGGCUGGGGAUAAGGAGGUCGGUUUUUAAAGAACUGAUUUAAAAUGUAGAUCAGGCGCAACCAGAGGGUGUUUUCCCCACCCCCAUAUUUCGUGGAAAGGAUUGGGAGGUUAUGAACUGGAUGGGGAGGCAUCAGUAAGAGGUCUAGGAAUGAAGGAGGCUCGUUUAGGGGUGCUAAAAUUCCCCUUAAUAAAAUUUAGAAGCAGGGCUUGCCUGUCGUCCGCCACAGCCCAGGCGUGUCCUCAACUUUUGCCGUUUUGAUCUGGCAGCCUCUGGGUGGAAUCCGCCACUGCAGACCCGUGUCUACUCGGAGGUAGGCAAGCACCAAUGGUGUUGAGCGGGGCUUGCUCUCUCUAGUUAGGAUUGCAGCCCAAAGUUCUGGGCUUGCUAAUGAGUAAGCAUGAACGGCAUGUCCCCUGAGGAGGGGACACUUGUAUCUCAUUGUUUGAUACACGUUGCUGCCGCUUUAAAUUUUUCGUACUUUCAUCUGAUCUUGAGCACGAUUCAUUGAAAAGCGGGAUAUAGACGUUCGAGACAAAUGUCCAAGUCAAGAUUUAAAUCUGAUAUGCAAAGCAGAGGGUGACUGUUGUUGUGGAAGAAACUAGAUGACUUUUAGAACGGAUCCAGUAUGAUCUAUAGAGGUCUGUGUAGCAUUUUUACCCUAUUCUGUGCCAGCACUUUGGUGGUGUCUGUCAGGCUAACAACUUUAUUAUCAGUGGGUGGUGUUGCCGGUUGCUCUCUCUUUCUCUCUCUGCCAGGAAAGAAAUGAACCGUUAGUUGUGAUUGCCGCCUCUCUCCUUACAAGAAACACAUGCUGUUGUUGUUUGAAUUGAAGCUUUCCUAGUGUUUUCCCAUAGGGCGACUCCUUCAAGAAAAAAAGGAUGCUUGGAAGAACUGCUUCUUUUUAAGGAAAAAAGCGAAAGUGAUUUUGGUAUCCCAAAACCAAUAAAUAAGAAGCAGGACCUGAUCCUGCAAUUACCAAUAUUAAUGCAACAUGUCAAUGUUCUUCGAACAUGUCAUCUGCAUGUACCACAUUUUGGAGCUAUGUUGAAGCUAGGCUAUAAAAUGCAAGCUGGUGGUCUUCAUACUGCGGGAUUGAAAAGGGUCUGCAGGAAGCAUUUGAGUGCUGUUUCUAUACUACACUUUAACACCAGUUUGUUACAAGUGCCUUUUAAUAAGGCCACACUUCUGCUUCCCUUUCCCAUCAACCAAGCUCUGGUCUAGUUUGUGCCUUCUAGUCUUUGGCAAUGGAGAAAGGCUGUAGAUUUGAGGCAGAACACAAUGCUUUGUGUACAGGAGGUUGCAGGUUCGGUUCCUGGCUGGUAAUUGUCCACUUUCUGAAACCCAGGAAGGCCGCCUCUGGUUAGUUUGGACAAUGGCUUUUAUCUGCAAUAGCCAUAACAAAGACUCUUCUAAUUUUGGGGAGGAGAGUUUGUUUCCAAAGUCUGCUUGUGCAGCAAUAUUUCCUUCAGAAGUGUUUUAUUGCAACUGAAGUUGUUAUAAAUUGGGGGUCGCAGGAUGAAGACCGGAUGUCAUGCAGGGCUUUGACUUCUUGUGACCUUGUACUGAGCAACGCUCAACACAAACGAGUGUGACCAAAGAACAAAACUCUGGAUAGGUUGUGGUAAUGAAGCUACGUAGAUAAGCAUGUAUGGUUCUUAAUGUAAGUCGAUCAAUCUGAUUUUUUUAGAAACCAUUGGUCAUUGCAAAAAAAUCAAAUAGUAUUUUCAGUGGUUCCUACUGACUCUUGUGGAACAGCAACAUCUGCUUUCCCUGACCUGCACCCACUUUAUUUAAUCCUAAAUGUAAAUGAUUCCCAUUGACGUUUGUAGGGGAAAUUAAAGGGAUUGAUCAUGACUUCCAGCCUGUAUUGAUAGGAAUUCAUAUUGGGUGUGCCUUGUGAGAACCUGACUGAUGGUUGAGCCAGCAUUCAUCAGUAAAUGGGAAUCAGUGUUUAAGUAUCAAGCUAACUGUGAAAGGGGGGGGGGUUAAAGAGCUUUCUAUAGACAUCUGGUUGGCUGCAAUGAGAACAGAAUGCUGGACCUUUGGCAUUAUCAAGCAGGACUCUCCUUGCAGAAGGAGGGCAUGUCUGCUGGGAGUGCCUAUUCAUUGGGUGUUUGAAUCUUUGUUUGACUCUGAUACAUAUAACAACUUGCAGUUACUUGUAUAUUUUGUGAGAUGUGUUGUAUGAUAUAUAUAUUGUUUUGUAGUGGCUUAUUCAUAUAUUUUGAAUGACAUCAUAUGGAUUAUAUAUUUACUAACAGUUAUUAGCCAGUGUAUUGCAUUUGCAUUUUUGUAGAUUAUUCCAUAGAGCAGGCAUAGGCAAACUCUGGCCCUCCAGAUGUUUGGGACUACAAUUCCCAUCAUCCCUAGCUAACAAGACCAGUGGUUAGGGAUGAUGGGAAUUGUAGUCCCAAACAUCUGGAGGGCCGGAGUUUGCCUAUGCCUGCCAUAGAGCUUUCUCUUCCCAGUACAGAUUUUCACUGCUUGGCAGGCAUUUUGCUAAUAGAGGGAAAAAAUGUGGAAGCAGCAGCCUACUUUUCUGCUUAAGUUGUAAAAUCUAAAUAAAGAUGGGCACACUUUUUCUGUGGGCGUCCCCGCUUUCUCUUUAGGAUAAUCUCUCAGGGGCCACAUGUGGAUGAGUCAGCGGUGGGUGGGGCCAGUUAAAAAGUGGGUGGGGCUACAGCUUCUCUCUCCCCCCCGUCCACCCUCUGGUACCUGCAUUUCUGGAGGUAGUGGAGAGCCAGUGUGGUGUAGUGGUUAACAGCAGUAGUCUCGUAAUCUGGUGAACCGGGUUUGCGUCUCCGCUCCUCCACAUGCAGCUGCUGGGUGACCUUGGGCUAGUCACACUUCUUUGAAGUCUGUCAGCCUCACUCACAUCACAGAGUGUUUGUUGUGGAGGAAGGGAAAGGAGAAUGUUAGCCGCUUUGAGACUCCUUUGGGUAGUGAUAAAGCAGGAUCUCAAAUCCAAACUCCUCUUCUUCUCUCUCGCUUUUCAUCCUUGCUGAGUAGGCUGUUGUAGGAGUGACAAAUGAGCUUCCAAAACGAGGCCUGGGACCAUAGAUGACCCAUCUGUGAUCUAAAAUGAAAGGCAACUUGCCUCUAGAGCAGUGCAAGUGGCCACAAGAGGAACUUUACAACCAGUAUAUUGUCUGUACAUGUGAUUAUCCCUUGUGUUGAGUAUAGGUUCGUUAGAUCACUGUUCUUUGGAGCAUAACUUCGGGAGAACACUUACUACUACUCGUUCAGCCACUCCAUUCCCUGUGGUCUAGAGGUGUUCUAUCCACAUGGCAAGUCUGUGGACUCAUUAGCAGACCAGCAAACGCUUUGCUGGUGCGUUAGCCAAGGUGCAAUGUCAACAAGACAGCUUCCUUCACUGUACAUUUCUUCUGGAAAGUGGGGGGGGGAUUUCUCCUUUAGUAAUAAACUGAAUAUGUAGGAGAGCUUGAGUCAGAAGUGCCCUUUAAGCAAGGGACUUGACUGCUUAUCUACAGCAGCAUUUUGUUUUGCACUAGCUUCGUACCCUGGGUUUUAAGUUCCUUGAAGAAGAUGGUAUCUAAAAUUUAAACAGGAGACACGCUCCUGGUGUUUGGUACUUCUGCUGUUAGCUGUACGAGCACAGGAUGUUCAGUGUCCUUCCUCCAAGAAUUUUGGUUCUUUCAUUGUGUAAACAGCACACUUGAUUGCUUGUUUUGCAAUGGUUGCAACAUCCAAUUGCAUCAAUCCCCCCUCCCCUUUUAAAAAUAAGAAGGUGCUUGGGUCAGUGUGUGUGUGUGUGUAUAAAUUGCCAGAAAAGGGCAACCAAAAUAAUCGGAGCAUCUUGCAACUCAUAAUAUUUGGAGCUUGGUAGUUAAGGGGAAAAGGCAAGAGGGGAAAUGGCACUAAGUUAUGCAUGGAGUGGGGAAAGUGGUUAGAGGGAAGUUUUCCUCCUCCCACAGCACUAGACUCCCAGGGGUAUCCAAUGAAGAUGAUUGCUGGGGGAUUCCAGGGCAGAUCAAAUGAAGGAUUCAUUCAUGCGGUGAUGUUGCUGCCCCAAGUGGUAGUGAUCGCCAACAACUUAGAUGCCUUUAAAACAGGGGUAGGCAACCUAAGGCCCAUGGGGCGGAUGCGGGCCAAUCGCCUUCUCAAUCCGGCCCAUGGACGGUCCAGGAAUCAGCGUGUUUUUACAUGAGUAGAAUGUGUCCUUUUAUUUAAAAUGCAUCUCUGGGUUAUUUGUGGGGCAUAGGAAUUCAUUCAUUCCCCCCCCCCAAAAAAUAUAGUCCAGUCUACUGCAUGGUCUGAGGGACGGUGGACUGGCCCACGGCAGAAAAAGGCUGCUGACCCCUGCUUUAAAAGGUAACCGGACAGUUUUGUAGGGGAUAAAGCUCUAUAGUUUUAUGGCUACGACUGCGGUGCCUGGAGACAGGCAGUCAAGUCAUGGAUCCAUAGCAGAGGAGAGAAGACCGCUGGGAGGAGCACAGAGAGAAGAAACGCCAUGGCGCAUCUGCAGCAGCGCAACCAGAUGCCUUCAUCUGCCCCAGCUGCAACAAAACAUGUCUCUCCCGCGUUGGUGCCUACAGCCACAGCACGCAUUGCAAUCUUCAAAUAACUUGACCUCACCCCCAAAGGCGCACUCCUCCAUUGUCUCCCUAGACAGACAGAUGCCAACCAACCAGUUUUGAUGGCUGUAUGAUACCUCCAGGAUCAGGGGUAGCAUGGCUCUGAAUACCAGUUUCUAGGGGUCCACAGUUGGGGGGGGGGGAGUGUCCUCCUUGUGUGUUUCCCAUAAGCAUGUGGCUGGCUACUGUGGGAUACCACAUCUUGUUUCUGGGCUAGACAGGCCUUUGGCCUGAUCCAGCAGGGCUGCUCCUAUUUUCCAGACUUUCUAAAAAUGAUUUGAGGAGGUGAUGAUACCUGAGGCAAAUGCUCAGACAAUACCUGAAUACUUAACCUGCAUUUGCUCACUCUUUGAAACCUUUAAUGCACAACUAGUCAUACUGUUUACUUCCAGUCAGGUUUUCUAUGGAAAUCAGAAGUUUGCUGAGUGGGUUGCAAGGCACCUCAUAUUAACUGUAAUAUUUUCUGUGUGAACCAGAAUCCGUUGUGCCAUUUUGAAUUUAUUUAUUAUUAUUAUUUCAUUGAUUACAUUUAAAUACCACCUUUUCCAAGGAGCUCAAGGUGGCGUACAUGGUUAUCUUCCCUGUUUCAUCAACAUCCCUGUGAGGUAGGUUAGGCUAAGAGAUGGCGACUGGCCCAAGGUGAGCUGGGUGGGCAGGCGGAAUUUGAACCCUAGUCUCCCAGGUCGUAGUCCAACAUUCUAAUCAUGCUGCCUCAUUCCUGAUGAGAAUUUUUGACUCUGAAGAAUCCCUUCCUUUUAAUUACCACCUGAGCUGGAAACACUGGAGGGUCUGAUGCUGCAGGUAUUGGAGAGUACAAGGUUGGCAGCGAGAGUUGGCACUCCUAGUGGUUUCUCUGAUUUAGAGCUAAAGAGUAGGUUUUCCCUGGGAAAGCAGUGGGGCAAGAGGGAAACCACAUCAACCCAUGCUUUGUAGGCAUUGGACAAACAAAAGUGUGAGCAAGCCCUUAGUGGCCCAGUUUGCAAUGUGUUUAUGCUAUGUGAUAGCCCAUGGACAAAACUGCCCUACUUUUGUCCUUGGUGAGCACUGCUUGAUCUCAAGAGCCCAGUCCAGCAUCGUUCCUGUUAAAUUGUGAAUAAAGCCCCUUUCCUUCCCCUCAGAUCUCCUGUCCUGGUGACAAAUUUGCAUUCACCCCCAGUUUUGUCCUUAACACAUAUCCUUUCGCACAGUCCAUGUGUGCAACACCAUUAGAAAAAAAUUCAGCAAGGGCAUUGAAAACAGAAUGGAGAAUGGGAGACAGAGGCUUGGUGAACCUGAUGACCUGUAAAUGUUCCACUUAUAGAGGAAUAAUAUCCCACCUACUGUGAACUAAAAGUGUUACAUUCAGCUUAGUUACUGGGUGAGCUCCCCUCCUGCCAGGCAACUUCCCCUCCCUCUUGCUGCCUCCCUGCCCCAUCCCUAAAUCUGCUUUGGAAAGUUGGGGGCAGCGCUAGAGGUGAGAGAGGAGAGGAAGUUGGGUUGCACAAACAGAAGUCCCACUCGUGAAAUGACGUAGCUGGAUACAACUCACAGACUUACGUCUGUGACACAUAGUGUCUCAGACAGCCAAUUAUGUGAAGCCAUUAAAAGCAGCAUAUGGACAAUUAUUGCUAUUACGUUUUUAUUAGCAUAGGGCUGCAAUUUGGAUAUUCUGCCUUGAGCGCAUUUGUUCCACUCUUUUGGCUGUCGGGCCGUUUGCUGUUUUGAGUCCAUCUUGCUCCUUUGCCUCUGUGUGCUCAUAAAACGACAAUAAAAAGUAUUACGGUACCUGAAAGUUCGACUGUUCUUGUUGUGACAGGCUACCUCUGUAGAAAUUGUCUGAUUCUACUAAUCCAAGAUAACUGCUCCCUCUGGUGGCUGGUUUCUGCUCUUUUGUUUGUGUUUGGUAAAUGUGGAGGAAGUGCAAAUAUAAACAUCUUCCACACCAUGAAAUCUAGAAACCUUUUUUGAUAAGAAAUUUAAGGUUCUCAGAAUAGUUACAGAAACAAUCUGUUUUGUGAUGACACUUUUCUUCCAGGUGCAAGUACACUAUACCUUGUGGUGGUUUUUUGAAGCCUGACAGCCAAGGCCUACUGUUAAGUGUAGUGAGACAGAUGCUAGAGGCAUAGCCCAUCCAUCCAUUCCUCUUUUCUCAGGCAGGUGCUUAACUAUAUGACCCAUCAAUCGAAACACAACCUGCUAGCUAUUUGUGAUAACUAUCCAGAGGCUCAAUUGACCUGUUUUUGCUACCUCUCUGGAUCUGUGUAAUGGAUCUGUGUGGAUGGAUUUCAAAUCCCUUGUGAGCCACAAUACAACACCUUGGGGUGGGUGAUAUUUAGUUUGGUGGAUCACAGCUUGUGUAGGCUUCCAUAAUGUGUAUGAAAUAAUAGAAGUUAAUAACUCCAUUCUUCUAGGGAACAUUCAGGCUGUGGGCCAAACAUGGCCCGCUAGGGGUUCAGAUUCAGCCCAUAAGAUUUUCUCCAAACUCUGUUUAUCUAUCCCACACUGGGUAUCACAUGUGGGUAUUACAUGUGACAUCUGGUGUGAGACCAGUAGGUAAAGGUAAAGGACCCCUGGAUGGUUAAGUCCAGUCAAAGGUGACUAUGGGGUUGUGGCGCUCACCUCGCUUUCAGACCAGCGUUUGUCCACAGACAGCUUUCCACGUCUUGUGGCCAGCAUGUCUAAACAGCUUCUAGCACAACGGAACACCAUGACGGAAACCAGAGCACACAGAAAUGCUGUUUACCUUCCUGCCGCAGUGGUGCCUAUUUAUCUACUUGCACUGGCAUGCUUUCGAACUGCUAAGUUGGCAGGAGCUGGGACAGAGCAAUGGGAUUUGAACCGCCGACCUUCUGCUCAGCAAGCCCAAGAGGCUCAGUGGUUUAGAUCAGAGCACCACCCGGGUCUCAGUACAGACCAGUAGAGACAUGACUGUCAAGGAGUCAAAAACUACACUUGGCAAGGGAAGAUGGGAUUUUAUUUUUUACUGCCAGAUGGACAGUGAAGCUGAAGCCUCAGGCACUUUAAAGGCUCUUUGCAAAGCUCUGCAUGGCCCAUUUAAGAUUGGGGAUUGUAAGGCUGUGAAGCAAUCGUUUUCAUUUCCAUAUUUUAUAUUGGAACUUUCAUUACUUAUGCUAUUUUAAUUCCUACACUGUUGUGAAUUACCAUGAGUUUUGGGAAGAGCUGAGAGAGAAAUGGGAGUGGGAAGAGAACAGUCAUGGCAGGUUUUGACUGGCCUCCGUUCCUACCUUUGUAAAACGAUGUCUCAUAGAUAGGGUGAUUUAAAUACUUUGAAUGAAUAACACAGAUUGCAUGUUUAAAUAUUACAAGGACUGACUCAGCUCCUCCUUUGAAGUGCUACGCAGCUGAAACAUGCUCAGUGUAUUUUUGCACUCCCGUGUGGCUGCCUGAAUCUCUGUUUGCAGUUAGUGAUUCAGAAAAGUGUAUUUGCUGUGAUGCACCAGGCCAGAUAUUUCUAUUGUGGCUAAUAAGUGCCCAUACUCCCAGCUGUAGUUUUCACAUGACCCUUGUAACUAUCCCAUGGCAGCUAUUCAGUGGAGUCACCCUAUGGAGGGACACCUGUUUUGGGUAGCCAGUUAUCUAGACGCUGUGUCAUUUCAUGCAUGACAGGCUUAUCACACAAUAGCUGCCACCUGAUUGCAUGAACUCGCCCUCUGCGUAUCUGUGCUUCUGCAAUACCUGAGGUCAACAUAUCACCCCUCCCAACAAGCCCCUCUUCCUACUGGAAAACUGACUGAGUGAAGCAUGGAGGAAAUGAGUAGAACAGAUCUAUGGAGCUGUGGGGGUGGGGGGGUGGCAGCGGGCAGAAUCUGUGGUGGAGCUGGACUUAGCUGAGAUGGCAAAGGUAAUGUGCUUAAUUAGAGGGGAAAACAUCACUGACAUUUAUGAAGGAUUGGAAACUUCUUGUGGACUUUUUGUGUGAAAGAGAAAAUAAACUUGUAAUAUCUGGAUUUGAAGAUUAAAAAGAUAUUGACUUAUAGAAAACAGAAUAGUUGGAUGUUGAUGAGUGAAUACUGUCAUUGGCAGAAAGAGCAUCUCUCUAGGGAGACGUCUGUGCUCUUGGAGCUUUCUGCAGGAGUACUUGAAGGAUUGGGGACGCAGUGGGUUGGGGUGUGUAGGUGCAGAAAUGCUGUCCUGCAUUUACUGCAGCUUCCUGUGGCCCAGUUGUUGACCAAAUGCUUGUUAUAGGGAGUUGGCAAGCUGAGCUGUGAUCUCCUAACUUGAUUUGAAAGGCAUACUGUACUAUACUAUACUAAAUAAGGCACAUAUACACACAUGCAUCAUGAAGUGGUGUAAAACACUCACGUUUUGAGAGCUGAAUUGAUUUAACAAUACUGUACAGUGGUACCUCGGGUUAAGUACUUAAUUCGUUCUGGAGGUCCGUUCUUAACCUGAAACUGUUCUUAACCUGAAGCACCACUUUAGCUAAUGGGGCCUCCAGCUGCCGCCGCGCCUCCAGAGCACGAUUUCUGUUUUCAUCCUGAAGCAAAGUUCUUAACCCAAGGUAAUAUUUCUGGGUUAGCGGAGUCUGUAACCUGAAGCAUAUGUAACCUGAAGCGUAUGUAACCCAAGGUACCACUGUAGUUAACUCUCUUUCUCUUCCCCCAAACAAGGUUAUGGAGUGGCCUGUGUAUGUCUAAGGCCCCAUCUGUACUAUACACUUAAAAGCGGUAUUGCACCACUUUCAACAGUCAAGGCUUCCCUCAAAGAAUCUUGGGAACUGUAGUUUAUUAAGGGUGCUGUUAGGAGGCUCCUAUACCCCUCACAGAGCUACAGUUCUCAGAGUGGUUUUUACAAGCAAUCCCUUUUCCAAGGGAACUUUAGCUAGUUGAGAGGAAUGAGGGGUCUCCUGACAACUCUUAGCAGAUUUAACAAGCUAUAAUUCCCAUUAUCCUUGGGGAAAACCAUGGCUAUUUAGGCACCUGAUUCAGAAUUCCCAUCACCUUUCCCAAAGGUUGUUAGCUGCAUUGAAUGACCACAGGUUCCUCGCUCUUGCUUUAGAUUUUUGGAGAAACAAGGACAGCUAAAACCACUAUAAAACCAGCACUUUAUCUUAGGUUAUAUCUAAGCGGUAGUCAUUUCAUCAUUAUGAUGUCUGUCAUAGGGAAGUAGUCUGUCCCCCCGUCAGGUGUAUGAUGCUUUUUUAAAAAACAACAACCAACCAAACAGCAUUUUAUAAUUGAAGCAGCCUGAUGGUAAAACUGUGAGGAAGUUAUGUUAUGAGGAAGAAGCCCUGUGUAUUUCCCUCCCAUCAAUCUUUGCCUCUUAAAAAUCCCCUUCUAAGGGUCAAACUAGACGUGACAUUAACUGCAUUAAACUCUGGAUUUUUUUCACCUGAACCCAGGAAGCUGAGCAGUUUGGGGACCAUCUGGGAUGGGGAGAGGAGUUUAAAUAUAUCUCAGAAGGCUGUUAUUUGCAUUUCAAGAACCCCCCCAUUGGUGCAAAGAGUCUCUUGCGAUUCUCCAUAAUAAAUAAUUUAGACUGCUAAGAUAAGAGUCUGUGAGAUGUUGGGUUUAUUGUGUUAGUUUUCCUCACCAUAAUGCUAGCCUUGCUGCCCAGAUUUCUAAUGUUCCUUUUAUACUCCAGUGCCUGUUGUGUUAUGGACUUGUGGCUUUUUGCGUGUUCAGACCUUUAAACCUCCACCUUGAAUAAAUUCAGACAAGACUCAAAUUUUGGUUUGGUUUUUGGGCAGAAUUUAGGCCCCAGCUUUAUUGAUUACAGCAAGUGAAUGGUUGCAUAGGCUCUGGUUUGACUGACUCCCUGCACCAUUGCAGGUAGUGCUGACCCUGGGCACCAGCAUAGGUCAGCCAAGGGUGAACACCUGGAUAAGCAGAAAGCCGGGAACAGGCUAUCUCCGCCACCCAAAUGCACCCCCUGGACUCAACCCUCACAGGGGUUGACCAAACCACUGAGUCCCUGGAUUCCUUUAACGGAAUACCCUUCACAUAGGGAUGGCUAGAGCUUUCUCUUAUCCCUGUCACCUGAACCAGAGCCUAUCCACAACCUUACAAGUUGUGACGAUUUGCUACGCGGCAGGCGAAACCCAAAUGGCACCAGCCAAGUGGGGAAAAUUCCUGCCAUGCCCCUGUCCCAAUGACAGACGACACACAACGGCAUAGCAAGGUCAAGCACACAGCCCUAAAUAUAGGGAGAGGUGGGCGGGUGUUCCGAUGCACGCACCGAAAGAGGGAGCUCUGGGUCACGUGCAUGGGCUUAAAUAGGUCCCUCGAACUGUUUAGCUUGCGUCCCAUUGGCCUGAUUAAACCCGGCAUCAAGGGACCUACCAAUUGGGUGUUGUGGCUAAUCAAUCAACCCACCCACAGCACAGGGUUUGGUUGCCAGGUCUCACCGCAACACGUGCCCUCUUUAAGGGAGAUCCCAAUUUGUUUUGAUAUACAGUACUGCCAUGUUGUGCUAAAUUUCAUUCACACAUGACAGCAAAUGUCAUAUGACAUGUUGCCGCCACCCCCACCGCUUUCCACACAUCCCCAUAAUUCACUGUAGAGUGUUCCCAAAUACUGCCCAAAAUUUCAAAAUGUAGCUGUGGGGGUGUGAUCCAUGAGACCCACAGAUGUUUACAACACAAAACUCCCUAGAACUUCCCAUGAAAACAUUCCCCCCCCCCCUUCUGGCAACAAUUAAUGCAGAAAUGAAACCUAUACUUCUGCUAGAUUUUCAGAAGUGGCAUUUCCAUCCUUACAUUCUAGGCAAACCUCCAGGGUUCACAUGAAAGUUGUGGGAGGGGGCAGAGGGAAAAGUGAACUGGGAAUAAAUGUGAAUUUUACCUUUGUACAGUAGGCUAGUUUCUUCACACUUUCAUAUUCCUCUCUAUCCUCCAACCAGGAUUUACUGCAGUUACUCACUGGAACUGAUCUUCAUUAUAUUUUUAAGUCAUGGGCAUAACCUGGGGAGGGGGGAGUAAGCGGGCAUCUUCCCCCCCCCUCCAAUAAAGUAAAACAAUAAAAAUACUUAACUAACUGAGGUUCUGCCCCCCCAACAUGAAGCUUGCCCCCCCCCAACAUAAAUCCCUGGCUACACCCAUGUUCCAAGUCCUGAAUUUUGUGUGACAAAGCCAGGGUAGAUUUGAUUUAAAUCAAACUGAUUUAAAUCACUAGUCAGUAAGACUUGAUUUACAUCAUUUUUUUAAUGGAAAGACUCAAUUCUUGCUGGUAUAAUCUUAAUAUUUACAACCAGAUAAAGGUUUCAUUUUUGGAAUAAUGCAUUUUCAGAGUAGUUUUUACAGUUUUUUCAAAAAUUACUGAUUUGGUUAUAUUAUUAGAAACACAUUAACAGAUUUUUUUUUAUUGAUUUUUCCAAAAUUUUUAGACAGACAAACAAACACACAUCUUAACUGUACUUGAUCCAAUCUUAGUAACAUUGUUAAGUGACUUCCUCAAAUCCCCCUAGCUGAAUUUCAGUGUAUUUCAUUGUAACAGUUUUCCAAAACCAAUUUUAUCAUAAGAUUAACUUAAUCACUUAACAUCUUUCUUUCUUUUCAUCUUAACUUUAAACUGUUUAUAUUUGGACAAAUUUUCUGCUGUACUUUAUUGGAAGGAGAAAAAUAAUCAUUUCCUUAAUAAAAAUUUAAACAAUUUAUUUAACUAAAACAACAACAUUAUAGCAAAUGUAUCCAUGUUUGUUAACUGAUGUGGUUAAACAAUUUAUUUAACAAAAAACCUUAUACUGAGUUUUAGCACACAUGAAAACAAAUCCUUAUUUCCUGAUGAAUAGCCUUUGGACUAUAAUAUAACUUAAAAAGAAAACCAUCUUUAGAAAGAUUUUUCUUCGAAAAGCAUUUUAUUUUGAAAAUCCAAUUUAAAUAAAAAAAAAAUCUGAUUUAAUUUUAAAAAUCUGAGUUAAAAUAAUCCAUAUUUUUUUUUAAAAAAAUCAUUGAUUUUUAUCACCCUGGUCAAAGUGAACCAUCCUUUGUUCCCAUAAUGGGUCUCUAGCCUUCCUGCUUCUAAUCUAGACGGAGGUUGCAGCGAGAUGAAGAAAGAGAAGCCAGCCAGCAAAGGCCAUACCAAAGCUAUUAGUCACUUUAGGGCUCUCGCUAUGUGAUUUCUGUCAUACAACUCUAGCUGUGUGUCAGACAAAGGGCUGCUUCACAUAUGCAUUCAUGCCACUUAGCCAUAAUGUGACGCUUCGAGUAUGUGAGCUGUAGCUUUUUAAUUAUAGAUGGGAGAAAACUUUCACACUGCCUGAUUUUCAGCUCACACAAAGCUUUUCAGCAAAGAGUGUUCACACCUUCAGCUGAGACUUUUCAAAUGCCGCUUGCGAAAAUUGUGAAUCGAUGCUCAACUGGAGAUGAAAAAUUUCUGGGAAUUGUGAACUGGGGUUGGGUGGGAAGAUAUUCCCCCUGUCCUAGAUUCCCCUCCCUGUAAAAAAUAAUGGAUAUUUGGGUGGGGGGGGAUGGUAAUAUACACAAUGCUUAUGACUCCAACCUAAACGUACGUUACUGAUUUUGCAAUGUUCUAUUUAAAUCCUAGUUAACAUAUGAAAAUGUGCUAUUUGACAUAUGGCAGAACAAUCCCAUGCAUGCUUACUUUAGAUAUAAGACUCAGUCUGUUCAGUGGACCUUGAUCCCAGGUAAGCACACAGAAGAAUUCAGCCUCAAAAGUAUUGUUGCAUGCCACCCCAAUCUCUGAGCGGGGCGAGAUUCCAGGGGUUCCAGGUGCUUAUCUAGGGGUCAGUUUCCUUGAAAUGAGGUGCAGCAGAGCCUGUGGCUUCUUUAUGACAUAUGGUUUAUUUACACAACCUGAGCCUAAGAUGGAGGAGCUCAAAGCAUUAACACCCUAGUCACCCUAGUCACAGGCAUGGCCAAACUUGGCCCUCCAGCUGUUUUGGGACUACAAUUCCCAUCAUCCCUGACCACUGGUCCUGUUAGCUAGGGAUGAUGGGAGUUGUAGUCCCAAAACAGCUGGAAGACCAAGUUUGGCCAUGCCUGCCCUAGAAAGUCUUGCUUUUCCCAUAGCUACAGCCUUGGAUUCCAGCAGAAAUUGGGCAUGGCUCUCACUUUCUGGCUUCUGCAUGCUUCUAGUGCAGCUCUCACACACGUCUGGCUAUUGUGCUUCUCACUACCAGUCAGGGGAGGGGAGGGGGGCACACUCAUUUGCCCCUAAUUUUAUUACAUUAUGACCAUUAACCUGCUGGGGAGCUUAUCUACACCUUUCCCCCACUCUUUCCAGGCACGGUCUGUGAUUUAAAGCUCUCUAUCUGAGCACGAUACGAUACGAUAUAUCUUUAUUGUCAUUGUCCCAUGCAGGACAAUGAAAUUGCAAAGCACAUACCCACACCCCCUUUCCUUUUUUUUUUUUUUUUGGCUAAGGAGUUUUCCACAUGAAGGCCUGCUCUUUAAAGCUGUAUUGGAGCAAACGUCAAUGCGCAGAAAACCCAAAUUGAUGUUUGCUCCGAUUCAGCUUUAAAGAGUGGGUUUCUUUCCUGGGAAAGUACAAGGCAACACCCCUCCCCCCCCAAAAAAAAGUUCUUGGAAACAGAGCAUUAAAGGGUGGACCUCUGCCUGGAAAGAGUGGGGCAAAAUUUAUGUGUGGGUAAGCUUGUCUAAGAAGCUUAUCUGGCUUGUUCAAUAAUGGAAUCCUCCAUUAGAUUUCAACCCUUGCUGGAUUGAAGUCUAAGAGACUCAGGCCAACUGACCCUCUAAACUUACAGUGGUCUAAUACCUUCGUUUUGUGCCAUGGGGGAGAUGUGAAAAGUUUGACCACAAGAGAGGGGAAAGGUCAAAACAGCAACACUUGUAGUGCAUCCAAACUAGAUCCAAGAAAGCAAGCAACAGUUCAGGAGCCAUUAAGUCCCCACGAACACUUUCUAAGUGUAGGAAUGCAUGUUGGAUUUGGGUGUUGUAUGUGCCUAUUGCACAGUACAUGCAGGAAUUGUUCUCCAAAGCCAUAUAUGACUUGAACAAUGAAGUUGGCCUUGGAGCUGCUGCAAAAACGGGCAAAGAGUUGCUCUUGCUUCGUAUAAAAGCUCUAAAGUGAGCCAGGAUUAUUGUAUUGUUAAGUCCUGCUAGCCCAAUAGCAGGUGGCCUUCAUGUAUCAUGGAACAGGAAGGAUAUCCUUUUGCAGUGAGAGAUGGAUAAACAAAACACCAUAGCUUGACUUAAGCUGUGUUUUCCUAGCCAAGCUGAAAUCUUGUAGAGAGCUGGCACUUGCAAAUAACACCCUUAGCCCAGUCGAAGGAAAUCCUGUCCUUUUGUGUUGGAGCCAGGGAGCGGGGUUGGUGUGUAUACACAUCCGUAGUGGCUGAUCUGAAAAGCAGCUGCUUGGAUUUGAGAGUAGAGGGUUUUUAAAAUUACAAUUACAAUUUUAAUUAAUUCACAUUAGAGUGCAACAAGAUAUUAUAUCCCUUUACAAUUUCUCCACCUAGCUGAAUAAGGUCAGGGACUGCAUGGAAGCAGUCUCCUGGGGCUUGAUCCAUCAGUUUUAGGCUUGCAUAUAAAUGUCCCCUAUUGUCUCCCUAUUUGCUCUUCCUAUCCCUUCUUGUCCCCAGUUAACAAAUAAUAUCUGACUCUGCUUAAUGUGCUGUGCACCUGAACUUGAAAUAUCCUUGAACACCUUAUCUGUGGACAAUGCCCGCAACCAAAGAAACUUGAGCAGAUUUCUGAACUCGAGUCUAGUAAAGAGGCGUUUGUUUUGAAAAGAAAUACACUUUUGUAUAACCAGAGAACUGCAGAAGGCAUUGCUAUUGCCUGCAAUUAUAUGUAUAUGCUGCUUUUCAAAGAACAAAGGGAUAUGCUUCUGUUGGAACAGUGAGUUCUCUUGAAGAACCCAAGAAAUUGCAUAGGAUAUGCAUGUGUGCAGGUAGGGUCUGUGUGAGAGCUGAACAGUUAGAUCCAACUGUGAGUGUGUGCAGGCGCAAUUUAAAGAUGAUCCACAUUAGCCAUUGGUGCAUGUAAAUCAAUGCUGAAUGUAGCAUCAUAUGCCAAAUGGGGUAUUGCUUGGGUUCCAGUAAGGUAAAGGAAAAGGACCCCUGGACGGUUAAGUUCAGUCAAAGGCAACUAUGGGGUUGCGACGCUCAUCUCGCUUUCAGGUCAAGGGAGCCGGCGUUUGUCCACAGACAGCUUUCCCGGACAUGUGGGCGCAACAGAACACCUUCCCGCCGCAUUGGUACCUAUUUAUUUACUUGUGCUUGUGUGCUUUUGAACUGCUAGGUUGGCAGGAGCUGGGACCAAGCAACGGGAGCUCACCCCGUCACGGGGAUUCGAACCGCCAGCCUUCUUAUCUGCAAGCCCAAGAGGCUCAGUGGUUUAGACCACAGCACCACCAUUCCAGUAUUGAUGGUGCCAGUAUUGAUAGGGCAGUGGGUAGCUACACUACAGCCAAAGGCCCCACAGGUCUUCAUGGAACUUACCCUUAGCUGUACCACUUGGUUGUAGCUUCCUUUUGCUCAUUGUUAUCUUGGGACUGUGUCCAUGAUUUUAAGCUUUACUUCUGACCACACAUACACCUUGAUAAUUAAAAUGCAGGCUGCUUCAUUACCAGAACACAACCCUAUUAGAAACGAAACUGUGUGAAAUACCAGAAAUGUUCACCAGGGCAAAAAAUAAAUAAAAAUGCCUUUCCCAGUUCUGCCCAUUUGUUUUCACAGAGAGCAAGUUACUCCUAACAAGCGGAAAGUCUAUGAAGAGGGAAAAGGAAGCGUUUAGGGAACCAGGAAACAAAGUUUGGCUGCUGGGCAAGACAGCUGUGAACUUAGAUAAACAAAUCUCUUGAAGCUUAAUCUAACAGCAACACUCAUGCUGUACAGGUGCAGAAAGAAUAUUGGUUCUAUGCAUUUUGUUUGUGGUUGGUCUGUUUGUUAAGAUGUGAAAAGGUGGAGACAAUGGCUGGCCUGGAUCCAGAGAUUAUUCAUGUUAAACUUCGCCCUCUCCUCCCAUCCCAAAGUAGAAUCCCACCUACUGUAAGAUCUGUGCAAUUGUUUUGCCUGGUGCAGCUUGUGUGUAUGAUGGUGCAUGCAAAGAACUCUUGCUGUGUAUGUGCUCCAACAAUCACAAUGGCCAGACUGGGCUAAUACAUGAGCCAGGAAAUGGGAUGCUAUAGUCUCCUGGCUAACAGGAUGUUUUCCUGAUGCCUUCUUAGAGGCAGCCUUGGCAAAACUGAUCUAACCAUAUGCUUGUAAUGCUGGACUUGGUCAAAUAAUUCUAAAAGGCUUUGCACCGUACUCUUUGAUUAAAAUCAACACAUUGGCUUACAAUAAAAUAUUAAAAUGUAGUGGGCAGCAUCGAGCAGAUUUUUUCUUGUGCAAUGGCAGUUCUCUUUUUUCUCUUCCACUGCAGCCCCCUUGUGCACCCCAAAAAUUUGCUCCAAGGAAAUGGCUAGUGGUCAGGGAUGAUGGGAGUUGUUGUUGAGACUUUUUACUGCAAAAAGCUAGUGAUAAAUGAAAACAAUAAUUCAUAUGGCGCUGUGGUCUAAACCACUGAACCUCUUGGGCUUGCCGAUCAGAAGGUCAGCAGUUCCAAUCCCCGCGACAAGGUGAGCUCCCGUUGCUCUGUCCCAGCUCCUGCCAACCUAGCCAUUCGAAAGCAUGCCAGUGCAAGUAGAUAAAUAGGUACUGCUGUGGCAGGAAGGUAAACGGUGUUUCCGUGCGCUCUAGUUUCUGGCACGGUGUUCCAUUGUGCCAGAAGCAGUUUAGCCAUGCUGGCAACAUGAUCCAGAAAGCUGUCUGUGGACAAACAUCGGCUCCCUUGGCCUGAAAGCGAGACGAGCGGCGCAACCCCAUAGUUGCCUUUGACUUGACUUAACCAUCCAGGGGUCCUUUACCUUUUACUUUUAGAGAGAAGUACCAGAGGAAAUUCCUGUUGUCUGAAAAGUGGGACAACCCUCCCUGAACUUGUAAUACAGGUUAUGUGAUUUUCUUUUAUUGAUUAGUAUGAAUCAUUUUGUUUCAUUUUGGGAUUACUGUUUGGAUUCGUUAACUGUUUUAAGUGCCUUGAAGCAAAGAGAAUAAAUCAGAUAAAUAGACAUCCCCUAUGAUGAGAAUGUAUUUUAUUACAGUGGUACCUCAGGUUACAGACGCUUCAGGUUACAGACUCCGCUAACCCAGAAAUAGUACCUCAGGUUAAGAACUUUGCUUCAGGAUGAGAACAGAAAUCGCACGCUGGUGGCAGCGGGAGGCCCCAUUAGCUAAAGUGGUGCUUCAGGUUAAGAACAGUUUCAGGUUAAGAACGGAUCUCCAGAACGAAUUAAGUUCUUAACCCGAGGUACCACUGUAUUAAGCAAAGGCACUGUUCAUUGCACAGCAGUCCUUCUACAAACCAGAUUUCCCUUUUCAUUGCUUUGUUUCAAAGGCCCUUCUUUAUCACAUUGUACAUGCAUAAAGGGUAAGGUAAAUCACCUUACCCUUAAAUUAUCUAAAUCACAUGCAUAGGUGUGAUUUAGAUAAGUAAGAGGAAUACUUUCCUCCCUCCCUCUAACUAAAAUGUAAGGCAAAGCCCUCGAUUCCAUUUUGUAGUAUAGAACUUCUGUCUAUGUAUUUCAGUAAAAUUGCCUCACUGUGUGGGAAGUUGCGGCUUUGGUGUGCCAGCUAGCCUUCUCCUUGUACCAGUUUGUCAGCUUUCGAAAAGAUUCACCCUUCCCACACCAAAGAAACUGGCUGUUGUCCAAAGAACAAACUUGUAGGGUGGCAUUUAAUUCCCAGAGAAACCAAUACUCACUCUCUUUCUCUCUCUCUUUAACCCACAGGGAGCUGGAGGUGAGAUUGCUUUUUGAUAACAUUUGUAUGUUGUGGUUGCCUUGCUCACUUCUCUGAAACAAAAUGGCUGCCUACAGUAGGCUCAAUUAAUUGUUUUAUUAUUAUUCUUUAUUGGACUCUAUAUCAGGGUGGGCAUAAAUGGAAUCCCCCGCCCUCCCGGCAACAGGUCCCUUUGUGGGACUCUUCUGGUUGCAGUGGUCUGCUGCUCAUCAGCAAUCUUGGGACUUCGCAGACGCUAUGCUUCUAAGGCAUCUGCCAAGAAUCCUAGGAAUUACAGUUUAAGGAUGCUGGAGGUUGUAGCUCUGCAAGAUGUAAACUACACUUGCCAGGAUUCCUUGCUGGGGGAGAAGGGGAUGAUGUGCUUUUAAAUUUAUGAUAUGUGUGCAGCCUUAAUUGAAAUGGUUGCUGUGGUGUGCAGUCUGCAAAAUUACCUUCUAGUUCCACAUGUUAUGGGGUGCAGGGGAGCAGUGGCGGUGGAAGUAAAGGUAAAGGGACCCCUGACAGUUAAGUCCAGUCGCGAACGACUCUGGGGUUGUGGCGCUCAUCUUGCUUUACAGGCCAAGAGAGCAGGCAUUUGUCCGCUCCGCAGACAGUUUUUCCAGGUCAUGUGGCCAGUAUGACUAAGCGGCUUCUGGCGCAAUGGAACACCGACACCAGAGCAGCACACGGAAACACCGUUUACCUUCCCGCCGGAGCGGUACCUAUUGAUCUACUUGUACUUUUCUGCUUUCAAACUGCUAGGUUGACGGGAGCUGGGACUGAGCAAAGGGAGCUCACCCCGUCAUGGGGAUUCGAACUGCCGACCUUUUGAUCGGCAGGCCCAAGGCUCAGUGGUUUAGACCACAGCGCCACCCGCUUCCCCGGCAGUGGAAGUACCUGCUCCCAUUGUCCUGGAAGGUUCUGUGUGACUGCAGAGCAGGUGCUUUGCAUGCAGCAGGUCCCAGGUUCCAUCCUCUGCAUGUCUAGUAGAUGCAGCUGGGAAAGACUUCUGCCUGAAGAGCUGCUGUCAUUCAGAGUAAACAAUACUGGACUAGAUGGACAAAUAGUGUGAUUUAGUAGAAGGCAACUUAUGCCUAUGUUAAUGUUGGUUUUAUUAUUUAGAUUUACAUGGCACCCAUCAAUAGCAUUUUCUAGGCAUGCCAAGGCUUAUUUGGGCGUAGAAUAGUCAAGGAGAGUGUAGUUUGUCUGCCUGGGAUUGUGUUGUUCAAUCUGUUCUGGAUGGGACUUGCACACCUCCUAAAGGAGCAGGUUUGCAGUCAGGUUUUCCUGUCAGUGGCCUCCCUUUUUCCAUUGCCUUCUUUUUCUGUGGAAAAUUUUCCAUUUCAUAAUUUCCAAAUUAGGUCCCCCUGUCCUAGAGAGUAACCCAUUGCCUAUGGGCCAGAUUUUGACCCAGCAUGGGUCCCAGUUUGGUCUGCAAUGCCAUUUCCCCCAAAACCACACCCACCUGCCCCUGAUAUCACACACCAUGUGGCAUCAUAAUGGGGCAGGUAGAGACGUAGCUGGAUUGAAUGCAUGGCUGAGUUCUACAUCGUCUGUGGCACAGUGCGCCUUAGAGCAGUUCAUACUGAUUCAUCAGCUACUAUCUGUUCUAGACAGAUAGCCUAGAGCCUCAGUCGUCCUUGCUCUCAUCACCUCCAUUUGACUAUGGCAAUGUGUUGUAUGUGGGGCUGCCUUAGGAAACGGUUCUGUAAAUGCAGCUAGUUGUUCAAAACACAACCUUGAAGCUGCUAACUGGGACCAGUUAGUGGAUAACAUGUCUCGAGUGCUGGCUUUCAGUUUGUUUCUGGGCUCAGUUUAGCUCUGGUGCUUACCUUUCAAAGCCUCUCUGGGCUUGAGACAAAUCUGAAGUCCUAUCUCCAUGUGAACUUGUUGAGACACUGAGGUCCUCUUCGGAGACCCUCACCUGAAUGCCUCUACCAUUAGAGGUACAGUGAGGGGGCAUCUUGGGUAGUGGCGCUGUGGUCUAAACCACAGAGCCUAGGGCUUGCUGAUCAGAAGGUCGGCGGUUCGAAUCCCCGCGAUGGGGUGAACUCCCGUUGCUCGGUCCCUGCUCCUGCCAACCAAGCAGUUUGAAAGCACAUCAAAGUGCAAGUAGAUAAAUAGGUACCACUCCGGCGGGAAGGUAAACGGCAUUUCUGUGCGCUGCUCUGGUUCGCCAGAAGUGGCUUAGUCAUGCUGGCCACAUGACCCGGAAGCUCCCUCGCCAGUAAAGCGAGAUGAGCGCUGCAACCCCAGAGUUGUCCGCGAGUGGACCUAAUGGUCAGGGGUCCCUUUACAUUUUUACCUUGUUUGUGAAACCAUCUCUCUCCCAACUGGCAUUGACUCUGAUGACACUUCAGUGACAGGCAAGUGUAGUCCUUAUUUUCCCAGGCCUUUUAAGUUAAAAUGUUAGUCCUGGCAAUUGGAUCUGUGAUGGUCAUAAAUGGUUGGUUGUUGUUGUUCUGUAAUAGUUCUUCUAUUUAUUCUUUGUUAGCGUAAGCCACCCUUGGAAUGUGGAUGGAGGGUGAGGUAAAAAUAUGUAAAGCAAACAGCAUGUCACAAACUAGCUAUCUAAGCUGCAUUGGGUGUCUCGCCAUAUAGAUCUUGCAGUCUCUACAACGCUAAAACUCUCAAAUAUGGGGCAGAGCUGUGCCAUUUCACAAAUAUGGGGCAGAGCACAUAGCAAGCCAGGAAGUGGAAUGAAAAGCAGCAUAACUGUCAUUCACUAGAGUGUGCCAGGCUAUAAUGUAUGUAUUUUGUCUUGUGCAUACUUUUCAUUGUUGUAUGUCAACAUGAAAGCUUUUAUUAUGAUGCAGGAAGAACAUAAUAUAUGAAAUGAUCUUCAGUGCUGUGCUGAUCAAAAGUUUGUAGACUUGAAGACUGUUUGCGCAGUUCUCCUCAGCAGUUUAAUAAGUGUUCAGUUUUAAUAGGUAAGAGUGGCUCCCUUCUAUAACUUUUUUAUUUCUGAAAAAUGAAACUUGGGUGGAGACUAAGCAAUCCCAAAUGAUUGGCUGAGGUUCACUGGUAUGUUGUUGGGAUCUGUGAGAAAGGAAUUUGUUUUGUUUUUUUAAAUAAUAUUUAUUAAUUUUAAAAGGUUACAAAAAGAAAAAAUUAAAAAACAGCAUAUUAAAAAAAUACAAAACAUCACAUCACAAUAAUGAAAAAAGAAAACAAAAAAACAAACAAAAAAACAAAGAAUCUUCCCAUAACUUAUCUUUCAUUUGCUUAUUUCCUUGACCUCCUCACACCUCCCUUUUUUGUAUUCUAGUUCAAUUAGCUAUUUCAGCAAGUCCUUUCCAUCUUUUCCAAUUUUUGUCCUCUAUUUUAUCUUAAUAUAAUGUAACUUUACUUUCCCUCCUUCACCAUUUAACAAUCUAUUUUUUCUUAAUCCUUUAUAGCAUUUCUGCUAAAACCACAUUAUUUCAUUCCAACAUCCUUCUAACAUUCCUUAAUUUUACAAUGUUUCUGUAAAUAAACUUUAAAUUUCUUCCAAUCUUCUUCCACCAACUCUUCUCCCUGGUCUCGGAUUCUGCCAGUCAUUUCCGCCAGUUCCAUGUAGUCCAUCACCUUCAUCUGCCAUUCUUCCUGGGUGGGUAGAUCUUGUGUCUUCCAAUACUUCGCGAUGAGUAUUCUUGCUGCUGUUGUGGCAUACAUAAAAAAAGUUCUAGCCUUUUUUGUCACCUAUUGGCCUACCAUGCCCAGGAGAAAGGCCUCUGGUUUCUUCAGAAAGGUAUAUUUAAAUACCUUUUUAUUUCAUUAUAAAUCAUCUCCCAGAAUGUCUUAAUCCUUGGGCACGUCCACCAAAGGUGAAAAAAUGUGCCUUCAGUCUCUUUACAUUUCCAACAUUUAUUAUCGGGCAAGUGGUAUAUUUUUGCAAGCUUGACUGGUGUCAUGUACCACCUGUAGAUCAUUUUCAUUAUAUUCUCUCUUAGGGCAUUACAUGCCGUAAACUUCAUACCUGUGGUCCAUAACUGUUCCCAGUCAGCCAUCAUAAUAUUAUGUCCUACAUCUUGUGCCCAUUUAAUCAUAGUUGAUUUCACCGUUUCAUCCUGAGUAUUCCAUUUCAACAGCAAGUUAUACAUUCUUGACAAAUUCUUAGUUUUGGGAUCUAACAGUUCUGUUUCCAAUUUUGAUUUUUCCACCUGGAAACCAAUUUUUUUAUCCAAAUUGUACACCUCCAUUAUUUGGUAAUAAUGGAGCCAAUCUCGCACUCUAUUUUUUAGUUUUUCAAAACUCUGCAAUUUUAAUCUGUCUCCCUCUUGAUCCAAAAUUUCCCAAUAUUUCGGCCAAUUGGCCUCCAUAUUGAGCUUUUUCUGAGCCUUCGCUUCCAUUGGUGACAGCCACCUUGGGGUUUUAUUUUCAAGCAAGUCCUUAUAUCUUAUCCAGACAUUAAACAGUGCUUUUCUAACAAUAUGGUAAGAAAUUGUUUGGAUAUUGGCACACUGAGCUUCUAAGGUGGAAAAAAACCAGUCAAUCCUAAAUAUGUCUAUUCAGAAAUGCGUCCUGAGAAAGGAAUUUGAAUUCUGUGCCAUAAAAUCCUACAACCCCAGAAGACUGGGUCUGUGAAAAGAGCUAGUUAUUGAGGUUUGGUACAUUUAUAGAAAUGUGCAAUACUUGCCUAAACACUUCAUUGGUUGUAUGGAUUGCUUUUUGGCAGCUAGUGGGAAAGUCAGGUUGGGCUCAGAAUAUUAGGAGGAGAAGAGGUGGAAAAAAGGAAGGCUCAAUGACUAGACCAUCUAAAUGGGUGCUUCAUGCUGCUUCAGAGUAUUCCGUUUCCCAACAAAUGGAAGACAAACUCCAACUGUUGAGGAUUUUGUUUAAUCUGCUUACAGUGAUUUCCCUAUGGUUGUUAGAACUGUGCGUCACUAUCAAAAGUGAGAUCCUGUAAACUCCAUAUCUGAUACCAGAUCUUGCACUGGAGAAUCAAAUUGCAUGGCCAAAAGUCAAAGCAGCCAUAUGCAUGCACAGGGGAGAAAAAACAUACCGAGCCUGAGCUUUAUUUUGCUGUUUCCUUCAUUGCAGUUCCUACUUCCAAAGCUGCCGCUCCAGUUAAAAACCAGCUUGCCCUUUUAAGAGCAAGAACUGCAGCAGCAGAACUGCAGCAGUGCCUAGUUACCUGGUUUGCACAUACUGCUACGCCAUAGUUUAUUAAACUGUGAUUUAUUACACCAUGGUUUGUUCGAUCAUCUGAAUCUUGUUCAGCAGCUCAACUGUGAUGUGUGUGCUGCAACCAACUAUGAUCUGAAGUCAUGGUUUGUUAUUGGCUUACGAACCUUAGUUUUAACUAUGGCUUGGUGUUGCGUGUGAACCAGGCCAUUGCUUCUUUAGACCACAGGUUUUUUUGAUACUUCUGAGUUUCAGGAUCUCAAAAUGAAGUGAAGUUUCUGGAGUUUUUGCCAAAACCUGACCAGAAUUUUUUUAAAAAAUAGCAACCUUUUGCAGCACAACUGACUGGCCUGCUGCUUGUUGCUAAGUAUAUGGGGUAGGAACUGCCAUUGCAGGGUUAGGCAGAUCCAAAAGUGUCCAUAGGUUCAUUUUGACAGAUGGGCAGGUUCCGCUACCUGUAAAAUUGCUUGACAUUAUAUGCUGUUGGGGGAUUUGUGCCUGCCCAAAUGCAAGCACUAUUGCACAUGAAAAAUCAGGAGUCUUCUCUAAGCUGUGUGAAAUGGAUUGUUCUUCAGGGCUUACACCCAACAUUAUUUAAACUUGGCGCUGAAUGCAAGUCCUGCUGGGAUUGGCUCUUCAAAACAAACCUUGAUCAAUGGCUAAGGAAAGUAGGGGAUAUUAUGGUGAUGAAGAAUUGCAAGUCAUAUCUGCCUUUCAGAGGGAAGAAUGAAAACAAUCCAGAUUUCUCAACAAAACUGGUGGUUGUUUUUAUUUUGUAUUGGAACAACAACUACAGAAGGAAUGAAGUGAUACAUGCGGACAUUCUCACUCUGAUAUGACAGUAUUUGUCAUACGACAUGUGCUUGCUGCAUGAUUGAAAUGAUUUUUUGUAAUUAUUAAAUCAAUUUAAGAUAAAAGAAGUGUGAAGAAAAAAGCGUGCAUACCUUAAACCAUAAAAACAACAACGAAAAGGUUUUUCUGCCUCAUAGCUUCCUCUUACUAAGUUCUUCCUCAGGCAUUAAAAAUGUCUUAUGUGGUUUAAGUUUCAGUAUUGAUCAAAGUUAAAAGGCACGGGUUCAUGUUUGGAGAGGAAUGCUGUAAGCCUGAAAUCAAUUGAACAGGAAAUAUAGAUCAUAACUUUCCUCCAUGUGUUCCAAAGUCCUAGUUUUUAGAUGAGCUUGUGGGGCUGCUGUAUGGUUCCCCAGUAUUCCAUGGUAUUUGUACUCUUUGGGGUGCAUGAAUUUUUGGAUAGUUUUCUUCACAACUCCACUCUCCAAGCUUGGUUAUCUAUCAUGCAAACCCACCUCCCCUUUUUGGGUAGUUGUUCAGACUGUGGUUCAAAGGCCACAUUGGUGUGCUGCUGUACAACCCCGUUCUCUCAUGAGUGAAGAUAGUUGAGCUAUAUAAUAAUCUGGACACCAUUUUUCUGUGAGGGCUCGCACUUAGAGUACAUGACCUUGUGUGAUGUGAGUUCACUGAUAAGGAUUCAUGGGAAUGACUACUUUUCCCUUCAAGCCUGAGGGACGAAUGAGCUUUUUAAAGGAUUCCCUCAAGAUGAAGUCUGGCAUCAGUCACCUGUUUAUUUGGAAAAGGCACAGGAUCUUUGUACAGGAGAGAUGGUAUACAACCCAAAAGGAGACAUUGAUAUAAAGUGUGGAAAAUCUCUUAUCUCUCCAAGCACUUUUCCCUUCCUUAAGUGUGAAACUGUCACACCUUGAUUAAACUGGAUAGAGCCACUGGGGAACUUGAUAAAUUCAAAUUUGGUUUGUGGGCUGACUUUCGUCAUUCCCCAGUUGGGAAUUGGCUUUUAGUUGAGAGUUGUAUAGCUGCCAGAUGUGUACCAGUGAGCAGCAUAUAUAUCUGGCCUUUCCUGUCCCACCUUCAUCUCCAUCUGCUAGUAACUUGCUUAUAUUAUAAAUACAAGUUCUUUGCUUCUAAAGAGCAGUGUGUUUAUUCCCCACCUAAAGGCCUAAUCUUCUGUUUGUCACAUAACACGCUGGUGCUUUUAAAGCAGCUUAGGAGUCUCCAUAUGGAGGCACAUUAUGCGCUCCGUCAUGCUGCUCUGGGCUGUGUGAUCUGAUUAGGUUUUCUGCACUUAGGAGAGCCAAACCUCUUUUAGCAAUUGGAUUGAGGAGGCGAAGGCCUCAAUGACUAUGGUGCUUUUCGCUUGCUGCAUGUUUUGCUUAAGCGGUUUUGAAGGAACGUCGCCGCUGGACUUCUUCAAGCAGCACCCAGAGCUAAAGUGGCAAUAGUGCUUCCAGGCACUGAAUCUGUGGUGGUAUGGAUCACACUCAUCCAGGUUGUGGUGUUUGACACUGGUAAGUGGCGGGAGAUGCAUGGCACGAUGGGAUUGAAGCUGGAAAGUUUUUACCCAACUAUCAAAGGCUUGCCACUUUAUUUUACUCUUCUACCUUCCCUGGCUGACAAUUUUUUUUUUAAUCCCCCCCCCAAACUCAUUUUUAAGAUACCCGUUUGCACAAGGUGUUUUCUGAGGAUUCCCUCCCCCUUCCACCACCUCACCCCACCCCCACUAUUCAUAUUGUAAUCUCUUGGAAGUUAAGCCGUAUCAUUAAAAACCACAAACCACUGCGGUCACCAGAUACCAUGAUGGUACUCCAUUCUGUUUUCUCUCACCACUCAGUACAGUGGUACCUUGGUUCUCAAACGCUUUGGUUCCCAACAUCCAAAAACCCAGAAGUGUUCUGGUUUGCGAACGUUUUUCAGAAGCUGAAUGUUUGAUGCAGCUGUCAGCUAUUGUUUCCAGGGUGCCUGCACCAAUCAGAAGCUGCACCUUUGGUUUUUCAAACAUUUCUGAAGUCAAACAGAGUUCCAGAAUGGAUUAAGUUCGAGAACUAAGGUGUAACUGUAUUUGGCGCUUUUGUUUUAGCUAUUUAUUUUGUGUUUUUGUUUUUGAGGCUUUUCCAGUUAAUUUGUUUUUUGUGACUGUGUGGAACCCAGUUCAGCUACUGAUUGAUUGAUUGAUUGUGUGACUGCGGAAAUGGAUAAAGCCCCCCAUCCAAACAAUGACUAUCAUCAUUGCAGGUACGAAAAAAUAACCAUUUUUAUUUUUAUCAUCUACAAUACUGUCUUAUUUAUUUUAUAGUACAGUGCAUUGAUUAUUGCUUUCAUUUUAUGGAUCAGUGGUCUCACUGGAUAGUAAAAUUCAUGUUAAAUUGCUGUUUUAGGGGUUGUGUUUAAAAGUCUGGAACGGAUUAAUCCGUUUUGCAUUACUUUCUAUGGGAAAGCGCGCCUUGGUUUUGGAACAUCUUUGGUUUUGGAACGGACUUCCGGAACAGAUUAAGUUUGAGAACCAAGGUACCACUGUAUUCUUUGCCCACUGAGCAUGCCCCAUCUGGGGUUUGGGUGGCAUCUUACCCUUUAGGAUGUCCUCCCCCAAAAUUUUUUUUUUAAAAAAACUUCUAGCGUUUUGUUCCCUUAAGUCUGCUGAUGAUUCCUCCCAUUUGUGCAUUGGUGGUGCUGUUUCGAUUACGUACUGUAAGAAUGUACCCUCAGAAAGUGAGUUUGCUAUUAGUAUAUGGACAUUUGUGAGGAAGUGGUCCUGUGACUGGAUUUUCACAAGAGCACUUUGUCCUCUAAAUAAUAGUUUACUCAGGGCAGACCGUCCACCUCAAAAUAAUUGUGCAAAUCAGCCCAUAAUCUGUUGCUCACGUUUGAACACUUCUUGCUUUGCUUCUUAGUUUGUGUCAGAAAUAAUGAUGAAAAGGUUUCACAAACCACUGUAGUCAACCAUGAUUAGAAGAAAAGAAUUAAAUGAAUAGGGAGCAUCAUGCACAAUAUUUGAGAAGUUAAAGUUGCAUUGUGGAAAAUAUUCUUCCAUCUCAAAAUAGUUGUGUGAAAUGACUCCAAAUUCUUCCUGUUGUUUUUGUUGUUGUUGUUCCUUUUCUAAAGUCACUGUGUAGUUUGAUUGACAUGUUUAUUUCCAGGACACCUUGCAUGCUGCGAGUGGCUUGCGAAUUGAAUUUUUUUAUUAGAAAAAACAAAACAAAACAAAACAUUGAGAUGGGAAGGAGUUGUGCAAUGUAAUGGAGAUUUGGGGACAGGGAGGAGGUUGCAAUAGGGCAGUGGGAGAAGCUGUUAACUGGAGCAGAUGUAGAGAAAUAUUAGGAAUUGGAAGAAUUUUAAUAGGCAGGGCCAAGUAGAAGGUAUUGAUGCUGCAGCAGCCCUCCCAAAAUCAGACACUUGUAAUAAUUCAGUAGUGGCAGUUUGGAGUAGCCACCAAUUUUUGGACUAGAAUUUACACAAAGGUGCUUUGUUUGGGAAUUUGAAUGACCCAGGCAAGAUGAUAACCGUAUAGCACAAUUUGAAAGAGAUGUUUAAUUUGUAAGUAGUCUUGGAAGUUUUGAAUUGCCUUUCCAGGAAGUGUUGGAUCUAGAAAUGAAUUAAUGCCCAUUGCACUGUUGUAUUAUCGGAAGAGUGGUGCAGUUGUGAAUAUGCAGGAAUCUAACAUACCGGAAUGCGGCAAUACAUUUUGCAGGUGUAGCAGCAGCUGGCCUGAUCUACUGUAAUGAAUUGUUAGGGAAACAAAUGAGACUGGUUCCUCUUUUGGAUCACUCAAUGCAUUUUAGGUGCCUCUCAUUGUUAAACCUACCCGAUUAUAUUUUUUCUAUGAAAAUGCAAAGUUUUAACAUAAUUUGCACUAUUAUUAGGUGUUUCAUGAGUAAUUUGAAAUAUUUGGGAACCUGCUUUACAAAGAUUUUAAAAUGAUCACCCAUGCAUGCACAGUGCCUAACCUUUCUAGACAACACAUCCUGUGUUCCCUUAGGUACAGUAUGUACAGUAUUUUUAAGUUACAGGUGUGCUUAGAUUCACAGAAAAUAGUGGCAGACUUUUCACUGUUUAAUUGCCUGCUGCAUUUGUUUUCCCACUUGUGUUUUCGUUUUUCUAUUGCGAAAAUUGCAGCAAGGAUAACAUCCGCACUGUCAUAUAAGUCUUGUUCUUGUAUGUUUCAAGGCUGUGGAUCUUACUGGGCUUUCUUUACCUAGAGAACUAAAUACUUAAUGUAAAGUGUUAAACUUACAUUCUGAAUACUGUAAGAAAGACUUCAGUGGAUAACCCAAAGUUCUAGUAUUACCUGAGAUUGCUACACCUGAAAAAAGGAAUUGCAGCAUUCCAGUACGUUAGAUUUCUCCCCGUCCACUUUCUCAGUCGCACCCUAAGAGCCUAUGAUAUUAGCAGUGUAGAACCAGACUAGGCCUCUUUCCUCAAAGUAACAAAUACCGGUGUGCUGGGAAAAGAUUUUGCUUGAGCCGUCUUUCUCUCAUAUAUAUAUAAUGCGUGAGAGAGUUGGCUCUCCUUCCAUUGCACCUGAUUAAGAUGUAAAAUAAAUAUUUACAAUAUGUCAUGUUAUACCAGCAGGCAUUGAUAUAAGGGAAAGGUGCCAUCUUACAUAUUUUAAGGUUGCUUCUCUUGUGAAAUACAUAGAGGGUGUGUGUGUGUGUGUGUGUGUGUGUGUGUGUGAGAGAGAGAGAGAGAGAGAGAGAGAGAGAGAUUAGAUUUCUUACCCACCCUUCACAUAAGGUCCCAGGGAAGGUUACAACAAAACGAUUCUAAAACAAAAUGGUUACAACCAUAAAUUAAAAGAAGUGUUCAAAUGUCGACUUCAUUAUACAUCUGUAAGCGCCAUGCGAAAACGUUCUUCUUCAACCAGGCCUUGGACUGAUUAACAGUCUAUGUCCUUUUAAAUGUGUUUGCAAGAGGGUGUGUGUUUUGUUUUGUUUCUGGUUAUGUUCUUUGUGGUUUUAUUCUGUAUUUUAUGCUGUGAACUGCCCUGAGAUCUUCAAACGAAGGGUGGUAUACACAUUUAAUAAGUAAUAAUAAUAGUAAUAACAAAACAGCUUCAUUUGUAAAACAAUCACAUUUAUUAACAAAAUGCAAACAUUUAAAAAAUAAAUCUAUAAAGUCAGUUAAAAAUAGUUCUGAGACAGAUGCAGACUGGGAUAAUGAUCUCCACUCAAAAGACUUGUUGGAAACAUGUGGGAUAUGUUUAUCAUAAGGAGAUCUGGAGUUCCUACACAUCAUAUAUUUAAAGUACAUCCCUACCAAAAACCCUGGGAACUUUACCCCUCCGAGAGCUACAAUUCCCAGCACGAACUACAGUUCCCAGUUUUUACUUUUGCGGGCUAGAGGGAGAGAAAUCUGUUUUAAAUGUAUGGUGUGUACACGGCCAAAUUGUGAAGAAGCAGACUUCAGACAAAGGCACCGUGCCGACUUUUUGAGUAGUGUGUGUGUGUGUGUGUGUGUGUGUGUGUGUUUGUACAACCUUGUCUUUCUGGAUCUUCUAGUUGUGGGCAUGACUUCUGGAGCCGUACCAGAGCCUUUAAAGUGUAAUAUUUAAGCUUUUCACUCCCUGCCGUCUGACUACCAAAAGUAACUGUCUGUACCCUGAUAGCAUUUGUCGGGGCUAAACUUGGUUGUAGAUUGACCUGGUAUGGACAGGUAUUUCCCGUUUUGUUCCCGCCUCGCAGCCGACAAGAGAUUGCCCAAAAGCAGUCAAAGUUUGGAUUCUGCUGGCUUCGCCUGUCACCGGUAAAGCCUUGCAUUUCCAGCUUGUGCCUUUCUUAUGAGCCUUCCAAGCACGAGAUGGCUGAUGACUGUUCUUGGACCGAAGUCAUGGGUAUGCUGGCUAGAUUUUUAUCUCUCCGUUCUCACCCUGCCGUAUAUGAGGAGAGAAGAAGGAGGAGGAUUUGCAGUCUAAUUAGCAGCAUUCCUGAGACGUGACUGGGUGGUGCUGCAGCCCUGUUGCGUUUGCUGCAGUCAGCUGCUCAACAAUCCAAAAGUGUUCCAGGAACUUACUCUGUUCUGGGACUAUUUGAAGAGAGACACAGAUGGACUGGUGGUUGGUGUUUCUCUCCGCCGAGAAGAGCAAUUUGUACUCUGUAUAAAGGAAUAUGGAUAAAUUCGGAAAGCAUGGCAGAUCCGGAUUUGUUAGGACUCGCAUUCCUAGACCUCAGGUCCUACUGCAGCCAAUCCAGCCUUCUGGUCAUCCAGGCGUUUGCAGGUAAUUCUCACACCUUUGUUUUGGGAUGCCUCCUUUUUGGUGAUUUACACUAGCCUAGAAGGUGGCAUGGAGUUAGGAAGACAGUAUUGUGCUCUGCUGGUAGUGCAAUCAAAUGGAAAAUCCCAAACUUAAGGUACUAAUAAAACGCAGUACGCAAAGAUUGUAGCAAAUACCGGUAAUUGAUAUCGCUUAUUUGUUUGUUUGUUUGUUUGCAAUAGCAGUCUAAAUUGGUGCAUUUUAAAAGAGCUUCUCAGUAGUCUGUUUCAGGAAAUGCAAAAAGUUGUUUCAGUGUUAGAAGCUGCUGCAUAAACCCUUAUUAAAGAAAUAAUAACUUGCCUUGGAAACUGUUUCUGAGUAAAGGGAAGUAAAAGUGAUAGCAUAACUUCUAAUGGACUGAAAUUUUCUCAAUCAUAGUUUAGAGCCAAAUGUGGGAGUACGCCCAGAGUUUUUAUAUAAGAUAUACAUAGGCUACAUUUCUCAGCGCCUUUGUUUGCUUGUUGGUUCCAGUGAAAGCAGCUGGACAAGCUUCCAAGGAGAUAUACUUAGGAUCACAGUGUCAGUAUAUUUAUUGUGGCAUUGUGGAUAUUUAGUCAACUAUCAUGCACUCUGACUUGGGAAGUACUUUCCAUUUCCCAUAUUAAUAUAAGGCAGAUUGAUACAUCAAUACAAGUUUGGUAGUUUUGUUUUUGUUUUGACAGGCAUUUGUUACCAGGAGUUUUUUCUUUGCUUUAUAUACUUCUCAUUCUAACAGGCUAGUUUCGGGUUUUUUGGUGGGGAAGUCGUAACUGAAGGAUGGGCUUCUGGGAAAUUCUCAAGAAGCAAUGGCAAAUAAAAUAAGAGGAGGGUCUACUUCAUUUUGAAAACUUUAGAUGGCACAGUUUAAGAUGACUGUGGGUUUUUUUUAUUUAAAAAAUCUUGAAAGUGUAUAAGGAUCUCAAUUUCAAUAUAUCUGUUGUUGUUUUUGCCUCAAACUGCGUCAUGUAUGGGAUUUUAGUACAGUGGUACCUCAGGUUAAGUACUUAAUUCGUUCCAGAGGCCCGUUCUUAACCUGAAACUGUUCUUAACCUGAAGCACCACCUUAGCUAAUGGGGCCUCCUGAUGCCACUGCGCCGCCGGAGCACGAUUUCUGUUCUCAUCCUGAAGCAAAGUUCUUAACCUGAAGCACUAUUUCUGGGUUAGCGGAGUGUGUAACCUGAAGUGUAUGUAACCUGAAGCGUAUGUAACCCGAGGUACCACUGUAUUAACCAAAGCCUGAUGAUGGAAAUUCAAAUAUACUGCUUAAAUUGAAAUCAUGCAUGCAUGCAUGUAAGUCACCCAGUGCUUGCAUAAUGAAUACUCUGUUACGUAUUUGCAGGCAUGAUUGAUGGUGCCUGUGACUACGUGAUGCUUGCAAAAUGAUAUGCCAAAAAUCCCAAUAGUUUAAUUGCUCUUCCGAAUGGCCACAUGUUCAAUUAGUGUCCCAGUAACCACAGCAUCCGUACUGGAUUGCCAUUAAGAUGCCUAGCCUUGUUGAACCCCGCAGUCUUCAGUGCUGUCCUUUCCAAGAACUGUUACUAAAGCUGUGGUUAUUGAUCCAGAUUCCCUUGCAUCAUCUCCCUCUCCUCCUCACCCUUCCAACUUCAGGUUGAUGAAGCCUGUAUUUCUAGUGUCAGUACGCCGACUGAGUGCCAGCUGUGCUGCAUUUUCUCGCAAUUCAAAAAAAUCUGACUCGGUCACAUUCCACAAGGUGACCAAACUUCAUGCAGAAACUAUUUGGUGCAUUUUUGUGGCGGGGUUAACUUGUCUUCGAGAUAAGCCUUAAAAUAAACACCUAUCCCUUUUUCUCUUUGUCUGUGACCCUGAAUUUAACCCCAUCUGCACAUCUCGCUUCAAAGAAGAUGUACAUCUAAGUGGCAGGUGCAGUGCUGAAGUCUGGAUUUGGUUUUGUGAGCCAAACUGACCCCUCUCCAUCUGGGGGUGGGGGGAAAUGGUGACUGCAAGGAGCUUAUGGAUCUGUGCUUUUAAUUUGCAUGGCCCGCAAAUCUCUUUAAGCAUGCAGCUUAAGUGGAUCCUUCUUGGGUUCUGUUUUGGUGGCCUUGGAAAUAGUUUAUUCCUCUACUGUUUACAUCAUUCCUUGCUAAUCACUGAGCCGGAAUAGUUUCUGUUUCCCAAUAUUCUUCUUGAACAGCAAAUGCUUCCCAAAAAUGGGGGGUGGGGAGGGAGAGAGAGAGAGAGAAUGCCUCCAUUGUUACAUGGUAGAAAUUUGGUCUCCUCUGAAGGAUGGGGUUGCAAAACCGUAUUAAAUUAUAUGAUAGGUUUUGUACUGAUCAAGUUAGUUGCAUAACAGUCUAAACCGGCUUUCACCAGCCAGGCACCCUCCAGCUGUUUUGGACUACAAGUCCCAUCAGCCCUGCACACAUGCACCAGCUGGGGCUGAUGGGAACUGUAGUCCAAAACAGCUGGACGGCAGUGGGAUGGUCUAAAUAUGGUGGGAAAGGCUUUCUGUCUAAGAAUGAAAAAAGAGAAUAGCAUUAUUUGUACAUUCUACGUAUUAUACUGUCUGGUGGAAGAGCAUGUUAGACAUGUAUCAAAAUGACUACAAAGCACAUGCUGUUUAAAACCCAACAAGAAAACGGUGGUUACCCUUCCAAACCUGUGAGGUGUGGGAAGUGAGGAAGGCCUCCUUUGGAAAGAAAUUCCAGAUUUGGUGGAGGGGAGAGGAAGGAAUCAUAAAGGUUCCUCUUUAAAAACCUUUCAGAUUCUGACUUCCUUUUCAUUUCAGUGGCACCAGUAGUGUCCCAUCAGGCCUCUCAGUGAAUUUUAGAAACAUAGAAUUGUGGAGUUGGAAGGGACCACGAGGGUCAUCUAGUCCAACCCCCUGCAGUUCAGGAAUCUUUUGCCCAGCGUGUGGCUUGAACUCCCAACCCUGAGAUUAAGAGUCUCAUUCUCUGCCGACUGAGGAAAGUAUGCAACUUCCUCUCUCACUGGAUCACUCCUACACUUGCCAGGGAAAGUCUGCCACACAUCUCAGUGUAUGUUUUAGUUAUGCAUUGGCUGACUAGCAUAAGUUACAGCACCCUGCAGGGUCAGACAGGAGAUUACAAGUAUUGAGAUGGCGUGCUCAGCUGCUUUUGUACCCUUUGUUUGUUUGUUUCAUAACAUUUAUACAGUAUGCCGUUUGAUUGUAAUUUUUAAUUUUAUUGGCAUUUUAUUUACAACAUAACAUAAACCCCCCAUCCCCCCAUACACAAAUCCACCCUCAUUAAACGUGAACAUAACAUAACAUACAGUGAGCAUAACAUACAACAAUACAAACAACCAAAUAAAAGACUUCCGUUUGAUUGUAAAAAACACACAGAAAAGAAUAAAACAAUAAAGUGAUCAGUCAAGAAGAGCUAUAUAAAACAAAAAUAAAUAAAUAAAAUUAAUGAUAAGAGAAGCAGAGAUUAAAACACAUGCCAGAAUUCUAGAUAUCUGAGUAGGCUUGCCUAAACAAAAAUGUUUUUACAAGGUGCCAAAAAGUGAAAGUGCCUGCCUGGUGGCAAUAUGCAGGGAGUUCCAUACUAAAAGAUCAAUUUCUUACUAAUGCAGGAGCAGUAUUGUGUGGCAGCUAUGUAACACUGCCGUUUUCGCAGAUUGAAGUGGUCAAGUGGUCAUGUAAGGGGUAAGGUGGUCCUGUAGGUAAACCAGUCCCAAGCUGCGACAGGGUCUCACUCCUGCCAGCAAUCGUGCUGCAGCAUUUUGCACACUAACUGUAGCUUCUUCAGCCUGGAUAGCUCAGUUGGUGGGAGCCUGGUGCUGAUAAUGCCAGGGUUUCAAGUUCGAUCCACAAAUGGGACAGCUGCAGAUUCUUGCAUUGCACAGGGUUGGACUGGAAGAUGAUCAACUCUGCAGUUCCAUGAUGCUAUGAUUCUAGAUCAUGUGCAAGAGAAGCCCCAGAUAGAGCAUUAGAAGUCGCUGUCUCUCCCCCACCUCCUCUAGAUGAGUGGGACAAAGGCCUUUAUUAUACAUCUGUUGAUUUACUGAAGUCUAGUCAAGGAAUUGGCAGCUGAGCUUAAGAGGGAACCUAGAUGUUUGCCUUCUACAUCCCAUCCAACCGUCUUACAACUUGAGCCACACUGUUUCCAAAACAGUUUUGAAGUACAGUGGUACCUCAGGAUGCGAACGGGAUCCGUUCCGGAGCCCCGUUCACAUCCCAAACAGAACGUAAGACGCAACAGUGCGCCUGCGCGGGUCGCAUUUCGCCGCUUCCGCACAUGUGCGUGACGUCAUUUUGACCGUCUGCGCAUGCGCGGGCGGCAAAACCCAGAAGUAAAGCGCUCUGUUACUUCCGGGUCGCCACGGAGCGCAACCUGAAAGCACUCAACCUGAAGUUUUCCCCGAGGUAUGACUGUAGAUGAAAACUGCAAAAACUUCUUUAAAUUGAGAAAGAAAAGCUGCUGUUUGUUGUCAGGUGAAUCAAGGAAGAGGUUAGGUUAGGUUAGGCAAAAACAAACAAACACUGAUCUUGGAGGAAAUACAGAUUGCCCCACAUUGUGAUUUUGUCUCAGCAGCAGAGAAAGCAGGAGAUCAUCAUAUACUUAGUAAAAGCUGUUUCAUUUUUACCCCUUCAUUAUGGAUAAAUCAGUGUAACGGGAAAUGGAGGACACAGCUCAUUCAGCAUCCAAUUCCUUGGUGCAUCGGGGAUGACUUUGCAGAGGGGCUCUCAGCUGCAUGUGCCUCCUUUGAGAGAAGUUCUUCUCUGAACUGUGAGAAAGCCCGUGCAUUUUGUAAUUGGCUAAGUACCGUAUUUUUUGCUCUAUAAGACUCACUUUUUCCCUCCUAAAAAGUAAGGGGAAAUGUGUGUGCUUCUCAUGGAGCGAAUGCCGGCUGCACAGCUAUCAUAGAAGCCAGAACAGCAAGAGGGAUUGCUGCUUUCACUGCACAGCGAUCCCUCUUGCUUGUUCUGGCUUCUGAGAUUCAGAAUAUUUUUUUUCUUGUUUUCCUCCUCCAAAAACUAGUUGCGUCUUGUGGUCUGGUGCGUCUUAUAGAGCGAAAAAUACGGUAGCUUGUCAGGGUUACGAUUAGCAGGUGCCAAUGCCAUUGUACUUGGUUUCUUCGCUUGAUACAUUGAUUUGGAAGUGAAGGUAGUCCUGUCUCACUACCCUUUGAUUUUGACUUGGCUCAUAAAUUUGAUAAGCAGGUGCUCUCCUUUUGGUUGACCUAGUUGCCACAAAUGUUGAGAAACUGAAUGCCAUUUGUGCCUGUAGAGGCAACAGCCACCCUAGUUCAUAUAGGGAAAAACAGAACUGGGAGUGGUGAGAACUGCCCUGUGGCUGUUACACAAUUACUUCACCUCCCCGCUCAUUGCCUAAUCUUUUUAUCCUUUUACGCUAACAGUUUCCAUCCACGUUAACACUGAAUUGGCAUUUGUGGAACACCUCAGAGCCCUGCUUUGAGCAUGUCUACUUAUUGGAGUUUUAUUUAUUUUACAAGGAAAUUCACCAAGAUAAAAAGAAAAAUCCAGGCAUAAUUAAUAACGCCAAACAGGGAGAAAGGGAAGAAAGAGCUUCCAUUAAGCCACAGGUCAUAUAUGGCUAUAUUCCUUAGCUCAAAAUCAGUGGUCACACAUAUGCUGAUUAAACAAUUUCAUUUUCAUUCUCAAAAAAUUAUGAAGUCAUAACUAUUAUACAAGGAUCAGCCUUGCGUUCUACAAUGUUGAAUAAAUACAUUCAGUCAGGAAAUGUGUGUGAGAAAGAAAUUAUGUUCUCUUGCUCUAAUGAGAUACCUUAGUUUGGCCAUCAGGGUAUAAUCUCAACAUCUAUUAAAGCACUCUGUAAUAGAUGGAAUGUUCCUUGACAUCCGUUUGGAAAUAGGUAUCUAUAGUAUUGGAAUUUUGAUCUAUGAAAUUCUUAACCUGUUGUGUUGCUUUGUUGAACUAGUGGCUGCAUACAAGAGCCACUUAUAGUGGAAUUAGACCUGAAUUCAGAUCUGCAUUCAGAUCUGUUAAAACUAUUGGAUGGCCAUUUGCCCGUAUUCUGACUGACCUCCUUUGCAGGGUUUGUGAGAAUAACAUGAAGGGAGGUGGAAGAGUGGAACAAUACAAUAAUCUUUAUUGUCGUUGUCCCAUACUGAACAACAAAAUUGAAAAAUCUACCUAAAACAUUCAAAACCCAACAAGCCUGCUAUCCCAGCUAUCCCAACCUGGUUAGCCCCCUAAAAACUCUGAUACCCCAUUUUUAAAUACAAUAUACUCCCAUAGAGACUCCUUAUACUGUGUUUAAAACCAAAAUCGCAUUUGGGUAGAAACUGUUUCUCAGGCAGCUAGUCCUAGUCCUUAUAACCCUGUACCUUCUUCCAGAAGGCAGAAGCUGAAAGAGAUCAUUUCCGGGGUGUGCACUAUCCUGCGUUAUCUCUGCAGCUUUCUUAUGGCACCUGGAAGCCUAGAUUUGAUCCAAGGUGGGAAGAGUGCACCCAAUUAUUCUCUCCACAGUCUUUACAACCCUGGACAGCAUUGUUUUUCCCUGACCGUUCAGCUCCCAAACCACACACACAGACCAUAAGUUAAUACACUCUCCACAGUACAAUGGUAAAAUGCCAUCAACAGGUCCUCUGAGCGUGCUCCUCUGAGGUCUUCAGAAGGGUAGGAUAAAAUGCAAUUUAAAAAGGAACUAACCUCCACUGGCCUCUUGUAAUGUAAAACCAUAAAGCAGAUAAGCAUCAUAAAACAGCAUUCCAGCAGCAAAGGGAACCAAUUCUUUGAAUCAGUUACCUCCCAAGACCUGAAGGAAGUGAUGCAUCUAAAUGUGAAAUCAGACAGCAAGCAAUGUGUGGGGACAACAGUCAAGUCCACGAGCUUGCUUGUGUCUCAGUUUGAUUCUUAAGCUUUGCCUGAGCUGAUUCACACAACAUACUAAGCCACACUUUAGCUUAGCAGGACCAUGCAAAUGUGCAGAUUCCUGGAGGGGAAAUCGCAUCCGCUUUGCCACUCUCUAGGGCUCCACACUAAGCAAAGCCAAGGUUUGCCUUCACACAACCUUGAGUCUCCGUUCCAGUGGCAUGCUAAGCCAAACCAGCAGCAAAAAGGAUCUAGGAGGAGCAGAUCGGCUCUGGAGCCCAAACAGGAGCUCACCUGUUUGUGCAAUCUCACAAAACCAAGGUUUAGCUUAGCAAGCUGUGUGAACCAGGCCACUGGUACAGUGAACCAACGUUAAGAGCCCAGAAGUUUGAACCCUGUAUGGGACAGUUGCAUGUGCCUGCAUUUCGGGAAGUUGGACUAGAUGAGCCAUAGAGUCACUUCCAACUCUACGAUUCUGUGUAUGCAUAGUCCUACUAAGCCAAGAUUUGGCAUGUUGUGCGAUAACAGUGCCAGAGGCUGCACCAGUAGCCUCUGGGAACUGCAGAUGUUUGUGGAGAGGCAACAGUCCUGGUUGCAGAUAAUGGGCUGUCAUCUCCGCACUGUUCUAAUACAGCACCUAUACCGAACAGGUCCUUAGCAGUUGCUAGCCUUUUGCAUUCUUGAUUGUAAUUCUGUUGCAUGCAACUGUGUCAGAAAUAGAGGGUUGCCAUGUAAAAAAAAAGCCUGUAAAAGCAUUAGAGCCUGCUAGGUCAGGCCAGUGUUCUACCUGUUGUAUGGAGAUCUCCACACCAAAGAUUCAAAGCACAUGGCAAUCUCCCAAAGGAUCCUGGGAACUGUAGUUUGUGAAGGGGGCUAUAGCAAUUGUAGAUCUUGUAAAGAGCAAACUACAGCUCCCAGGAUUCUUUGGGAGAUGCCAUGUGCUUUGAAUCUUUCAUGUAGAAAUCUCUAUACAACAGCCAAGUUACUGUGGCAUCAUCUGAAGUAAGCCCUGCUUUUUGCCUGGCUGGAAUGUGCCCUGGACAUCUCCUCCUUGCUGAAUAGAGGUGUGUGUGUGUGUGUGUGUGUGUGUGUGUGUGUGUGUAGAACCCUCUUGUGUUUUGCAUGGGCAGAAAGUAUCCUACUGUACAAAGAUAGGCAUUGGAUCCACUGCUGCUUCUCAUUUCGGCUGCUGGGUCCUGCCCAGAUCCCCACAAGGGAAUGUUACUCACUCCUGCCCUAUCACCAUAUCUCCCCUUGCCUGUACCCCUGUUGAUCUGCACACCCCAACUUUUCUUCCCUCCCUCCCUCUCCACUGUCUCCAACUUUUAACUCUCCAAGGCACCUAUCUUCCUGUUUUCUCACUUGGCUGCUUUCCCCACCUCUUUUAUGAUUAUUAUUGUUGUUGUUGCUGCAAAGUUUCUGCACUGCAAGGAAGUCCUUGUAUCUGUUGAUCAGGCCAAUGUAGGCUUAAGUAAUUGCUUAGUACAAUCCGUUAUUGCAACGAGAGUGCUCCAGGCAUAAACUUGGAAGCAAAUUAAAGAGGGACUUAGUUUCCCACUUCAUUAACCCCCUCCCCCUUGCUCUUUUUUUUUUAUCCCUUUCAUCCAUCCUGUCUCUGCUAACAGAUUAUUUGACCUUGAGAGACUAGUUGAAGGUUGGCGGAAGAGCUGAAUUUCUUGAAGCUGUCUGUCAUUUCCUCUGACUUCCUACAACUCUCGGCACCCCUCUUUACCAAAUCCUUCCCUGGUUAUAUGUGUGGUGUGUGUACUGUGUAUACACAACUUUGUGGCCUGAUCCACUUGAAUGGUCAAGCUUUCACCGGGCUCCUUGCUCAGCUGUGUCUGAAUAAAUCCUUUCUGCCUAAGUUCUGAUAGCGUCAGGCUAAAGGACCAUUUAGUUCAGCAUCCUGUUCCGACAGUGACCAGUCAGAUGCAACAGCACUCUCCCCCAGUUGUGAUUCCCAGCAACUGCCAUUCAAAGGUAGACUGCCUCUGACAGUGGAGGUACUUUGCCCCUAGAAAUCACUCUAGUAUUCAGAAUGUUCUUCCAGUGUCAUUGGCAUGGAUGUCUUUGAGAUGUCGCCGUCACCAUUUCCGUUUUUAUUGCAAGCUAAGUUGGAACCACUGUGAAGUGGAUCACAUUAUUGUUGGCUUCUGCUUGUGGCAAGCAAGUCUACCCUUUAAAGCAGUUGAGAACAAUAAGAGGAAAUGCUCUAUUAACGCAGCUGCUGAACUGGAAGGCUGUCUAAUUCCAUCCUCCAUGUGGAAAGGGCGUUGAGAAACGCAAGGCAGGAAUCCAAUAGCUUGCGGGGGCGGGGAGCAUCUAUUUGGGUGGAAUGAUUCAACCUUGGAACAACCGACUGCAUAGCAACCUUGGCUUAUGUUUACUGGUCAGUAACCAGUGUAAAGGGCAUAUUUUGGCCUCGUGUGCAUCUUUUCCCUUUUUUGGGGUCUGUUUUUAUGGUGAUGAAUAUUGAAAGUUACUUGAUGGGCUCUAAUGUUGAGUUAACAACUGGAAAUGUCCUCUAGGGUUAUGUACACAUUAGUGGCUUAAAAUGCAGCAAAUGUGUUUUCGCCUUCUGCGUUUCAAGUCAUAUUUGCAUGGUGCUGUACACAUCGUAAGGGGAAGUGGGGAUAUCAUCAUCACCCAAUGUGCAUGGCCUAUUCAGACACACAUGCCCCGAACUCCUGUUCAUGAAGCUGUCAUUUGCACAUGUGCACUUAUGAGCACACGUGCGAUUGCUGUCUCAAAUGUGCACAUAUGUCUUAAGUUCGACGUGAAUGUGGCCUAAGUUUUCUAGUUGGAUUGAAGCGGGUUAGAGAGAAGGGGGGAAACACAUCAAAAGCAAUAGAUCUCCAGUAAGUGAAGGAAUGGUAUGGUUUGUGGCUACCAUCAUGUGUAUAUGACUUCAAAAACUAGCAGAGGGAGUACGCUGGAUGCAAAGUAAGUAGUAAUGCACACACAGCCCUAGAUUGCAAUUCUCUGCACCCUUAGCUGGGAGUAACCUUCUUUGAACACCACAUCUUACAUAAGAAGCAUGGGAUUCAUCUGCUUGGAUGACUUAAUUUCUUACAGGCACACCACAAACCAGGUUGAGAAGAAGAAGAAGAAGAAGAAGAAGAAGAAGAAGAAGAAGAAGAAGAAGAAGAAGCAGCAGCAGAAGCAGAAGAAGGCGGCAGUUUGGAUAGGAAAUUAACAGCUAACCACUUGUGUUCUGGGUCCUUAAGCACAUAUAAUGAGAUUUAGGGCAGAGCUAUGUCUUCUUUCUUCUCUUUCUUUGGCGAUCACUCGUAGCCGAGUAAGAUUGUCUUCCAUAAACACGGUUUUAACACUGAGUCCGUAAGUGACUGUGGAGGCCAAUUCUAGAUCCACACGUCCUUCCACAGUGGGGACAUUGGUUUCCGAGUGGGAGUUGAUCACAAUGUGGAUUUGCCAAGCGUGCCUUCCUCCUAGCACGUUUCUCCCUUGCGUCCUGAGUUUGAGUGUCUUCAAAGUCCAUGACACCUUUGGUAAAGGCUGUUAUCAUAGCGUUGACAGGCCCAGGUUUUGACUUCCAAAAUGUAUGCAUUUGCUACAGGAAAAGUGCUGCUGUGUAAUACAUGCUAUUCCUAAAGCAUCAGUGCAUAGAAAUGAGGGCAGUGCUAUAUGCGACUUGGUUGUUGGAUUGGGUGCAACGCAGCGCCAGCACUUAAGGGUGCAAUCCAAACCCACAGUCGACUUCAUGUGUGUGGGGUAGGGUGAAGUUCUCCCUUCACCCAGCUCAGAACAGCUCCCUGCCUAUGGAAUGAUGCUCCCUGCUCUGCCCACAGGUAGAAGUACUGCUGGUGUACUCUGUAUAAAGCCUGGAAAUGGAGCAUCUGGGCAGAGGGCAGGGGCUGAGCCAGCCUGGGAACCACUGGUGACAUUGUGACCUUCCUCUGCAAGACAGGGGUUUGGAUUACGCAGUAAGGUUUUUUCCCCUUAAAAUAUUGAAAAUUAAAAUAUGAGAGUUCAAGUGAACUUGAUUUAGUCAUCUUCUUCUAACCCUCUUCCCCACUGUGCUAUUGUAGCAGCUGCCCCCAAUGAUUCAUUGCCAAAAUAAUCUACACUUUAUCUAAAUUGCUCCUCGCCAGAGAUCACUCAGUGUUCCUUCCUUGCUGCCUUCAAAGGGAAUUCGACUUAACUUCACUGACGCACAUGUUGAUUCAGCGACCUCCAUGUUUCCAGAUGUUGCUUAUUUUUCAAAGUAUUUCUUGAAUCCCAUACAUUGUGUUUCCAUAAAACAUAGCAGAUUCUAAUCUACAUCAGAAACAGCAACUUUGAAGUGUGCAUAUGUGUGUGUUCAGUUUUUUUUGGAAAGCAUAAUUCUCUGAAAAUGUAGCACAAAGCAGAUUCUUCUGUGACUGCUACUAUUAGUGAGCAAAGGCAUUGAAAUGCAACAAGUUUAAAGUUGCACUCCUCCUCUAUGCAUGGUUAGUCCUUGUAACUCAUUGCCACAGGACAUGGGUAGGCAAACAAAGGCCCGGGGGCCGGAUCCGGCCCAAUCGCCUUCUAAAUCUGGCCCACGGAUGGUCCGGGAAUCAGCAUGUUUUUACAUGGGUAGAAUGUGUGCUUUUAUUUAAAAUGCAUCUCUGGGUUAUUUGUGGGGCAUAGGAAUUCGUUCAUUCCCCCCAAAAUAUAUAGUCCGGCCCCCCACAAGGUCUGAGGGACAGUGGACCGGCCCCCUGCUGAAAAAGUUUGCUGACCCCAGCCAUAGGAUGUGGCGGUUUAAAUUUGGGUAUCUUUUAAAUGAGUGAUAAUGACCUACAUCUUCCUACCAGGAGCGCUUUAGUCUACAUAAAAUUGGAAGUGGAUAACUGAGGCACAGUACUUAGCAGAAGUUUUGUCCUGCCUGGUUAGCAUCCUUAAAAAUCUGGUCCAUUGUCCUUUAUCCUGUAGCAGCCUAUCGAGUACCUAGAGAAACCCCACAAGCAGGAAAUGAAGGCACUAACCCUGCUCUUGCUGCUGUUCCCCAGGAGCAUGCUGGAUUUUGCAUAUGGUUGUAGCCAUUGAUUUCCCUAUCCUCCAAGGAUUUGUCUCAUUGACUUUUAAAGCUAUCUGUUGACUGGCUGGUAAGAUGCUCUCCCAAUAGCUAGCAAAUAGCUGGAAGGCUCAGCCUGUCUUCCAGGCAGUGAUCGCUGCUGGAGAGCUAGUCUAGCACAGGUGGGGCAGCACUGGUUCUAGGUUCAAAGUCAAGUCCUGGCUCCAGUGAGCAGAGCUGGGCCAGGCAAGAGUUGAAUUCCAGAAAGGCCAGAGAUCAUGAGUCUGGUUCCAAUAUGAAAGUCAGUUGGCAGCAAAGGGUCGGGUUCUAAGAUGGCCGCUAUGGGUGAGGUUCCAGAAAUGUGCCCAGACAAAGUCAAGUUUAGGUCUUUGAUAAUCGGAAGGAGCAGCAUGGAGAGCUUUGAGCGGUACUGAAAGCUGGGCAAAUUGAAUUUGGACGUUGUUCUGACAACUAGCAGAUUCAAGUGGCUGGCUCCAUCCCCACAAUGAAUGAGGAUUUCACUGUGAAUGGGGGACUGCUUACUUUAGAAACCUUUGAGUGUGGAGGUGAUGGCAGCCUACUGGUAGCUAUGGUACUGGAUUUCAAUGAUGGGUACUACCUCCUCAGCACAAUGUGUGUGGGGGGGAACUGUUUUGUUGUCCCUUCCCACACAGGAGCUACCUUUGUGGCUUCUCUCACUUCAAUUAAAAGUGGAUGAUGUGAUGUGGUAACUUCUCCCAUGGGUCUUUUGUUUGUUUGUUUGUUCAGGAAUGGUGUGCAGCCAGAGAAACUGCAGAGCGCCGGAUAAAUCAAACGUUUGCAAAUUCUUAAGUGUACUGCAAAAGAGGCAGAAAUACAAAAACGCCUUUUGCAGGUGAAGAGAAAUUGGAAGACAGUUUUGGCACAGCACAAGAUCUAUGCAGCACAUCUUAUUUCAGGUGUGAGAGUGAGGCACUUCCUUGGGCCUCUUUCGCUGAGGAGGUGGGAUUAGGGCCCUGGUUCAUGACAUCCUUCUUAGUAGAGGCAUACCUUUCUUGCCCUCCCUACCUCAGCUAAGGACGAUGUCAUCUGGGUCUGUGCCUGUGAAAAGGAUCAAGGGAAGGGAAGCUGGAGUGUUGGUGUGAGACUAAGUCAGAGAACUAGCUGUGAGCUCUGGAGAACACCUUUUAGGGCUGUCUCACAGGAGAGCUGAUACAGGCACAAGAGACUUCACUCUUUGUAGAAGUAAAGCUUUGUGUCCACAUAUGCUCAACGUGGUUAUGGCUUGCUUAUGUGGUAUCUUUGCCUCACGGUGCCCUCUCCUGAAAUACCAAUCUUGUCACAGUUACCAAUGCCUGGCGAUGCCUACAUUGGAUUAUGAUUAUUUUAAUGUUAUUUAUUUAUUCGAGAUAUUUCCACAAUGCUUAAUUAUUCCCCUUUCUAAGCAGCAGACAUUUAAAAAAAAAACCAUCAGAAAAGAGGGCAAUAAACAAUUAUAGUGAAAUUAACAGAACCUUGAAAUGCCUGUUGUAAUGCAUUAUACAUGGGGCUGCUUGUGAAGAAAGUUCAGAAACAAAAUGGGAGAGGAAGGUUAUGAAGUUGGAACUGAUCAGAUAUUGUCAGUAUUGAAAGACCUUCUUGGCUCCUGAGUGGUUUCCAGGCACAAUGCACAGUACCGUUGUUUUGUUUUGUUUGCCUGUCAAACCAUAAAUAGCCUAGGACCCAGAUUAUCUGAAGCACCACCUACUCACAGAUGAACCUAUCAAAGUGUAGACGUAGUCAGAUGAGGUCCUGCUUUUGAGGUUCACCAGCUUCAGGAAGUGUGGCUUGUCAGUGUUGGUAACCCUUGCAAAAACCUCUCCCUGGUGCUCACCCUACUAUUCCCAAGGCACCAGGUGAAACCUGCCCUGCUUUCCAAAAUUUUUGGCAGGAUGGAAUGGUGGCAUUGGUAGAUGACUUUUCCUGUUAGUGCUGAAGCUUUUCCUGCCUGAUUUGGACAACUUCAUUUUGUGUUUUCUUGCUGCAUUGUCUUAACUGCGUAUGUAAGUUGUAAUGGGAAAUUAUUGAUUUGGUAUAAAUCAUUAAAUAACAAAAAGUUUGGAUUUGUGGGUGAGUUUAGGCAGGUUUUAUGAAAGCUGAAUGCAGUGGGAAAUGAAUUACAAAUGCUUUGAACUAAGUGACCUCAAGACAUAUUGUUUCAAAUGAAUUAAGGAGGCAAAUGGUAUACAAUCAUUCUGGAUGAUUUAAUCGUUCUUGAGUGAGUUUGACUAUAUAUCAUUAUCUUGUAGCAAUUUUUUGGCCCCCAAAGGAAAGGUGGCUGCAGGAGGUUUUCCUCCUCACGUGACUGUGAUUUCCCUCCCCAUUGCAGCACUGGCUGCAUGGAGGGGUUCCUCUUUGCCUUUCUGCAAUAUGAGGGGAAUUUAAGAUGGGUCACCUGAGCUCUGGGAUGGGCUCUGUGACUGCACUGUGCUAAGAAUAUAAGAGCUUGCUGGAUCAGGCCAAUGACUCAUCUAGUUCAGCCUCCUGUUCUCAUAAUAGCCAACCAGAAGUGUGUCGGAAGCAAGAUAUGAGUGCAACAGCGCUCUGCCCAUCUCCAUUUCUGAGCAACUGGUAUUCAGAGGCAUGCUGCUAAUAGUCAUUAUGUGUGUGGUAUACAGUUAUGCCUCGUGUCGCGUUAGGUUCAUGUUGUGUCUUUUCAGCUUGUGAAGGUGGCAAACCCAGAAGUGUAUAUGGAUUGUGUCCACAGCUAGAGGUACCACUGUACAGUCGUACCUCUGGUUAUGAACUUAAUUUGUUCCAGAGGUCCCUUCUUAACCUAAAACCGUUCUUAACCUGAGGUACCACUUUAGCUAAUGGGGCCUCCCGCUGUUGCCGUGCUGCCGCCGCACGAUUUCUGUUCUCAUCCUGAGGUAAAGUUCUUAACCCAAGGUACUACUUCCGGGUUAGCGGAGUCUGUAACCCGAGUGUUUGUAACCCGAGGUGUUUGUAACCCGAGGUGUUUGUAACCUCAGUCUGGGAUCUGUUCCGGAGCCCCGGACGCUCGAUGAAAGGGACACUCGACAAAUCACCACUCUGCGCACACGUGCGGAGUGGUUUGCGCUUCUGCCCAUGCGUGAGUGGCAAACCCAGAAGUAACCCGUUCUGGUACUUCCAGGUUUGCCGCUGACGUUCGCUGAAAUGGACAGUCGACCGGGUGGACAUUCGCGGAGGUAUUACUGUAUGUGUGUGCAUGCGUGAAGUUAAGAAGUAACAAUGCCCACUGCAUGCCUGCAGCCCUGGGGGUUUUGCAAAAGGGGCAAUGUGACCCUUGGGCUGAAAAAGUUUACCCAACCCCCGUGGGUUGAGUAUGGCAGGGUGCUUUAAUGGGUUGUAUGUGGCUUAAAGUGAAAGGAGAUGAAAAUAAAUAGCCUUUUUCAAGGUCAAAGGCCUACAGCAUAUAUUCAGCUCCCACUUCAGUUUUAUGUGGGCCCCAAGUGCUACCAAUUCUUAGUUCUCUCCCAUCACCCUGCACCCAAAUAGGUACACAUAGAGACCAAUGAAGUGAAGCCCCUCUGUGCUCAUGCCAUAUUUAAAAGGCUUCCAGGUCAGACUCUCAUUUUCCUGGGAUUGCAAUGAUUUUCCUCUUCAAGUUUUGGAAGCUUUGACUCUCACAGGCUUAAAUCAGCUCUGAAUCUUUCCCAAGAACCAGAAGCUCUGGUGCUUCCUUUGCAUUCUCCACAGAGUGUUCCCUUCUAGGUCAUGUAUAGGACAGUUCAAGGAAGUUUGCAUUGUUGCAGCUCCACUCACGUCAAAAGGUUUUAUCCUUCAGUCCACAUUAUCGCUAAACAAAAACAGAAAAAUAAGACACUUUGGAAUUUUAUCUAUUUUCUGGAUGUCAUCUUUGUAGGGAGAAUGAUGGGGUGUGUGUGUGUGUGCGCACGCAGUAAGCAUGAAUGCCAAGCAGAUAUCUUUCAGUCUCUGAAACAUUUGCUUUCCUUUUCCCUCCUCAUUAGAAAUUGCGCUUGCAGAAUGAGCCGCUUUCCUCAGAAAAGUUCCUCGGAGCUGCUGCAGUCAGAAUGCAGGCAUUCCAGGGCAGAUUCCUCGAGCAACUUAGCAAUGGAUACUUUUUGGCUAGAGGUGGAGAGCAUCAAAGAGAGUACCGAAUGUGAGCCGGACGAAUGCAACCUUACAGAUGCCAAACCCCCAGAAGGUAAAAAGUUUCUGUAGCUCCACUUGAGUUGUGGGAACAAAGAAUAAUAUGCAAAAGUGCCUGUUUACUGGAGUCAUCAGCUGAGUAAGAUGCUUAAAGGGGGGGAAAGGCAUAUUUUAUUAUUCACCGUAUUUUUCGCUCUAUAAGACGCACCAGACCAUAAGAUGCACCUAGUUUUUGAAGGAGGAAGAAAAAUAUUCUGAAUCCCAGAAACCAGAACAGCAAGAGGGAUCGCUGUGCAGCGAUCCCUCUUGCUGUUCUGGCGUCAGCGAAAGCAGCACAAAGCCUCUUCAGGGCAUUGGGAGGAAGAAGAAGAAGAAGAAGAAGAGUUUGGAUUUGAUAUCCCGCCUUUCACUCCCUUUAAGGAGUCUCAAAGUGGCUAACAUUCUCCUUUCCCUUCCUCCCCCACAACAAACACUCUGUGAGGUGAGUGGGGCUGAGAGACUUCAAAGAAGUGUGACUGGCCCAAGGUCACCCAGCAGCUGCAUGUGGAGGAGCGGAGACGCGAACCCGGUUCCCCAGAAUACGAGACUACCGCUCUUAACCACUACACCACACUGGCUCUCCAACGCUCUCCCUGCCCUGAAGAGGCUUUGUGCGGCUAUCCCAGAAGCCAGAACAGCAAGAGGGAUAGCUGCACAGUGAAAGCAGCAAUCCCUCUUGCUGUUCUAGCUUCAGCGAUAGCUGCGCAGCCUGCAUUCGCUCCUUAAGACGCACACACAUUUCCCCUUACUUUUUAGAGGGAAAAAGUGUGUCUUAUAGAGUGAAAAAUACAGUAUUUUUGUGCUGCAUUUAUAUCCCCCCCUUCCUCCAAGUUUCAUAUAUGGUUCCCUCCUCCCUCAUUUAAUUCCCUGUGAGGUAGGUUAGGCCAAGGUUGCAGGUUCAGUCCCCUAAAAGGACAGCUGCAUAGUCCUUCAUUCAGGGGUUUGGAAUAGGGUCCCUUCCAACUCUGUGAUUCUAUGAAAUCCUUCUGUGUUUGAGGGGCAGAAGAAGUCCCUGUAGACAUGUGACUGGUUCCCAGAUGAUGAACUGAAAUUCUGAAAUUCUGAAAACCAGUUUCUGGAAACCGCAGGACAGGAGAGUGCUCUUGUGCUCGAAUCCUGCCUGCAGGUUUCUUAGAGGCAUCUGUCUGGUCAGCAGCUGUGAGAACAGAAUGCUGGACAGAUGAGCCAUCGCACUGAUCCUGUGGGCUCUUUUGUGUUCUGUGUUUUUAGGGGUAUGGAGUUUGGGUUCAUUGUUGUGAAACAUAGGGCAUGGAUUUUGUUUUGAAAAUAAUGCUUAAAAGUACCCUUAAUUCGACACUCCCCAUUUUUUAAAAUAACAUUCUUAAAAACAAACAAACAAACCCAGACAUAUUAAUAAUCGGUUGUGUGCACACCUUUCUCCUUCACCAAGAAGAAUUGGGCUAUAAAUGGAUGCCGAGUUUUGUGGUUCCAUCCCCCAAGGGGUAUGUUGCAUGUCUGGCUAGACUUAAGGGGAGAGGAAAUGAAAACUCCCAUGGGGAAACAACUACCUCUGCCUUUAAGAGGAACUGAGUAAUAAUCAUUGCUUGCUUGGAAUUUCUUGCUUGUGACCAAAGCUUGUCGGAAGAAAACAACUUUACAACAGAAGGUGGUAUGCUGCUUUUUGUGUUAAUACAGUCGUACCUUGGUUCAAGAACAGAAUCUGUUCUGGAAGUCCAUUCAACUUCCGAAAAUGUUCGAAAACCAAAGCGUGGCUUCCGACUGGCUGCAGGAGCUUCCUGCACUCAGUUGGAAGCAGCAGAAGCUGCAUUGGACAUUCGGCUUCCAAAAAACGUUAGAAAACCAGAACACUUACCGUAUUUUUUGCACCAUAACACUCACUUUUUUCCUCCUAAAAAGUAAGGGGAAAUGUCUGUGUGUGUUAUGGAGGGAAUGCCUACGGGUGGCAUGCCUACGGAUUUUCCUCCUCUAAAAACUACGUGCGUGUUAUGGUCGGGUGCGUGUUAUAGAGCGAAAAAUACGGUACUUCUGGGUUUGCGGCGUUCAGGAGCCAAAACAUUUGAGUCACAAGGCGUUCAAGAACCAAGGUACGACUCUGUGUCUCUGUGUGUAUAUAUGCACCUUAGUUUCACAGUAAAUGCUGAUGCUACAUAAAGCCUAAUUGUUUGGACCCACUAGGUGGUGCUACAAAUAAUCUCUUUUCCAAUAGCCUGUUUCUUUAUUUGUAAGCAUCUUAGUUGGCCCUACACAGGGCCUAAUUGUUUGGGACCACUGGGGAGUGCUGCAGGUAGUCCAUUAUCCGGUAGCCUUUUAAAAUGUCUUAGAGGUUUUCCAGAGGAAUCAUAAAUUUGAGCAUGGGAGGAAAUAUCACAUCCUGCAUAGAUGAACAGCCACACAAAGAAAAUAGUUGGGGAUAUUAUCCCCAUUUUAAGAGAAAUUGAAUUUUAUUCUCAGCAGAAAAACAUUGUUUAUCCAUGGAUAAAACGCUAGAACAUACAGACAGACAGAACCAAUUAUAUCCAUAACAUAUAUCCAACACAAAAUUGGAUAAACUACAGUCAUGGUGAAGGUUUGUUUUUUGCGCAAUUGUAUUUCCAGAUGAGAAAAGGCUUAACCUGUUGAAGUGUUUGCCCAGAAAAUAAGACAGACGCAGGAAAAGUGCAUUAAAAGGGAAGGGGAAACAGCAGGUCUUUAGGACCCUGAGGGUUCCUAUUACCUGGUGUUCAGACAACUCACCAGCCAGAGUUCUGACUUUGGCUAAAAGAGCUGGCAGGUGGGAUCAGCCAGUCUUGCUCAUUUUACAGAAAUUGCUUAGAAUGGUGCCUGUAUAUUUUACUGCAUAACUUGCUUUAGAGGAGAGCUUGAGACUUUGUUUUUAAAAACAAUGAAAGCUCAGAGUCUUGCGACUGUGGGGCCUAGGCUGGUGACCUCAGAUGUGGAGCAUAUAAUCCAUUGCAGUAAUCUAUUGCAACUAAAGCAUAUGCUUCCUUAGCUAGAUAAUAUUUCCCCAGGAAGAGUCACAGCUGGUGCACCAGACUAAACUGAGCAGAGGCACAUUUGGCCACUGCUGCCACCUGGCUCUUCAGACGUAAAGCUGCACCCAGGAGCAGUCCUAAACUGCAAACCUGAUUCUUCAGGGGAAGUCACCCCCAUCCAAAACAGGCUGAAUCCCUCUUCUGUCGCCUGAUUUAGGAGCACAACUGUCCCGUCUUGACUGAGGCCUCCUUAGUCCAGCUCCAGAACUCUACAUCAGUGACAGUUCAUAGACUCAUCAUUAUUUUGUGGGUUUUCUUUGGGCGUUUUUUGUAUUCCAGCUGUUGAACUGCCCAUGAUAGAUGCUGUGUAACUGCUUUUGGAAACCUCAAAGGAAGGCCACCUAGGUAUGUGGUUUCAGGUAGUUUGAUGGAAAUGCCUUGGCUUUGCCUCCUUUUCUUCAUGAGGAGGGACCACAUAACAUAUAUCUUGCUUAUGGGAGUUCUGAGGUUCAGUCCCCUUGCAGUAAGAGAGGAUGUUGGGUAAGGAGGACUGGCAAAGACCCCUCUGCCUGAAACAGUGAAGAACCACCACCACCACCUGGCAUAGUCUGUUUGCACCAGAUGGACCACUAGUCUAGCCCAAGACUUUAUCUGCUAUGUACCUUUAAGAGCUGAAUGACAGGCAGAAAUUCAACACACUUCCAUAACUCCCUAGCUCUGUGUUUGGAAAAGCUCAACAUGCUGAAAUUAUGCCUGUCAUGCAUCUGUUAAAAACAUCAUCUUGGCCAGGUUUUGGGGAGGUGACAACUGAACUUAGCUAGGAUAAACAUGGUAACUUGCCAGAAGGCUGGGAGCUGGGCAGUCUAGCCUACCAGGAUUUACCAACUCUGUGGCUCUUCUCAUUUUUUGACCUUGCCUUCCUCCUUGUUCCUUGUGCCUCUCAGAAGGGGAAGCCGAAGCUGAAUGGCUCCAAGACGCAGGGCUUUCGGAUCUAAUUGGGGACCAUGCUGCAGAGAAUGGCAACAGUGUCCUGCUUUCCACGUUGACCAAGACUCAGGCUGCAGCUGUGCAGCGACGGCUUGACACUUACACCCGCUCUCGAAGAAAGAAGAACAAGCAGCCUGUCCGUGAUGUCCGAGACAUCUUUGGAGUGGUUGGCUCUGCGGUGUGUUUACUUCACAUGCUUUGCUCUGCGAUCGGCCCCUGACCCCACUUUUCCAGCUCUUGUUCCUCCAUUAAUAGAAUGGAGUUGAAAUGCAAUCAUGGAACUACUGUACAGUCACAGAGGUAUCCUGAUUCAACCUGAUAAGGGCUGAACUUUGCUGCACAAAUAUUCAUGAUGUGGGCAUACAGUCCUCUCUUACUUUCCUUUUUGCUUUUCUAUUAUACUAUCACACCUGAACUGAAAGUGUUUUUUUUAAAAAAACAACAGACAAGUGUGCCCUUAACUUGCAGCCCCACCCAGUGGGUCAUCAGCUGAUGGAGCAACCCAGUUUUAAAACAACUGUAGAGCUUACAGUCCUAAUAUUAAGCAAAUUUAACAGUGCCCUGGGGGAGAAAUGUACUUAAACUUACAGUAGAUUUGUUUUGUGUGUGUGAAAAAUUUGUUGAAAAAUCAACUCCUGGGCUCUAAACUGUAACCAUGAGCAGCCAGUUACAGGACAUCAAGAUUUGUCUGAAUUUCUCUCUGUUGGUUAAAUACCAAGAAUUGUCUCCUUUGCCCCUAGCAGCUUUGAUUUAAUUUUAGAACUUUUGCACCCCACCUUGAGUAAUCUAUUUUUGGUUGACAAAACAACCUGGUGGCUGAGUGCCACACACCCAGAUUGUUCAGUGACUCUCUAAAAAUUUGGAGCAUUUCAGCAUCACAUAGCGUGCCUUCUGUGUACUGACCCAUAGCUACUGUGUUCCUGGGACAUCUGCAGGUCUUGUUGAAGGAAAAAGAGAACAGUGAAACUUCUCUGACUCAGGUUGUCUCACUUGAUUUGCAUUAGCACUGAUCCGCUUUUUGCACUUUGAUCUAUGGCCGUAUGACAUCAGUGUUCAAUUUGAAAUAGAGCUUAGCAAAGAACCUUAAUUCCCAGGUGAAGCACUGAAGCAAAUGCAGGAAUCAUGACACCACCCAGCUACGCAAAGAAUGCCCUUUCCUUUUAAGCAUAGAAAUUAGAGCUCAUAAUUUCCAGGUGGGAAGACAAGGCUUUCAGGUGGGAUGGGUUCCCCGGUCCCUCUCUUUGAAACUAUACCUUGAUGCUGCUGUACCAUCUAGUGUACCUCCCUUAGACAAUAUUAACCACUGUGUGGCAAUCAUCAUCAUCACCACCACCACCACCACCAUUUAUUUAUACCCUGCCCAUCUGGCUGAGUCCCCCCAGCCACUCUGGACGGCUCCCAAUCAAAUGUUAAAAACAAUACAAUCAUAAUAAUGAAUAGUUGGAAGCAGUUUUGAAUUUGGGAAAAAGAACUGGCUGAAAUUAUUCCAUAUUGACAGGAAUCCUGCCUAAGUAUGGAGGUUGGAUCUAGCUGUUCAUAACCAUUAGGCAUUGGAAAUAUAGAUAUCCCGUAUGCGGAUGUGCUCAAGAAAGGGGAUUCAUUCUUCAUUUGUUGCAGUUGCCUAUUCAUUUUGAGUUUUACUCAAAAAGCUGGUAGAAGUUCUGCAUUAAAAAUCUGUACUUAAUACCUACCAACGAUAGCAUAUUCUUGGUGGGAUUAUGCCACUGACCAGCAGUGAGAGUUUGGAGCAUGUCAAGAUUCUAACACUUAUUCUGGACAACGAGUUCCUUUUUAAUAUUCCCAGCUUCCUCUUCUCCGUGACCAGUGAGGCAUCCUUUUUUAUUUGGGGAGGAAGGGCUGUAGCUGUGUUGGUAGAGGAAGUGUUUUGAGUGCAGAAGCUCUCAGGUUCAAUCUCUGGGGUCUCCAAAUCGUACAAGCUACCGAUUCAGUUUAGACAGCACUGAUCUGGGUGGACUGGUUUUGUCAGACUUGUCAUAAGGCAAACUUCCUACAUUUCUGUUUUGCUUCCCUGUGUCUAAGGCCUGGUAUUCUGUUAAUAGAUUUCAUGGAACGUGGCUUCAUUUAUGUUCUUUGUCCUGCAUGUAGGAGACUGAGCCAGAGACAAAUCUGGAAAUGGACAGAUCACACCGCAAGUCUGCAUCGUCAAAUAACAUCCAGAAAAGUAAGACAGUAGCUGUAUUGUCAUGGGUAGAGAGAAGGGAAUAGAUCAUUUAAAAGUCUUAAAUCUAGGAUUCCAGCAUGAGACUAAAAGCUGUACAGCUCUUCCUUCCUUAAAUAUAGAGUGAGUAUGCAAAGGAACUUGCAAUGAUAUUUUUUUAAAAAACAAUUACAGUCCCAUACAUGCAGGGAAUAAUGUCCCAUUGAACUGAAUGGGGUUUAAUUUUGAGUAGGCAUAUACAGGAACAGCAGUAGGUAGGCUUAAUGUUAUACAGCAUUUUGCAAGGCAAGUUUAGUUAAUUCUUGCUUUCCCAUUGUCACAGAGCGCAAUGAUUCAUUCAUUCAAUGUACUUAGGAUAGGUGAAGCUCCAUGUGAAUCUUUGAUAGAUUAUAGAAAUAGGAGUGUGGGAUAUGGAAUUUUAAUGGAAUUUAAUGGAAAUUUUGUGGGAAUUGUGAUGUCAGUUUGCAAGUAAAAGUGACCCAACGCAGGUUAAAAAGUGAAACUCAUCAAACUGCCUGGAUUGAUCAGACCAGACCUAAAACACGGGAAUAGCCUGCAUUGUAACAUCAUUUCUAAAGCAGCUAGAUUUGCAAAUCAGAAGACCUUAUUGUAGCUUUGUCACUUACAGAAAAUUGCCUAUUUGGGUAAAAAGAUUUGAUUUUUACUAGCAAUGGAUUAGUUGUAUUUCAGGAUAUAAACUCAGGUGAUUUUUAACUUUUCAGUUGCCUUGCGUGCUCAGCUUUAUAUCUUAGCAUAAGCCUGCCUUCCACAAUAUGACACAUUCCAGAUGUUUUUGAACUACAACUCCUGUCAGUCCCAUCAAGCAUGGCUGUGCUGAUGGGGGUUGUAGUCCAAAACAUCUGAAAUUCUCCAGGUUUGAGUAGGCUGGUAUAAGCUCCUCAAAUGGGCCAGAAUGUGGUCAGUGCUCAGUCUAAAUGUGAAGGCGGCCAUGCAUUUCAGGUGUCUGUUGUAAUUAUGCAUUUAAGUUCAGGUCCAUCUUGUGUUGCAAAUCUUGAAUGCAACUUUGCAUCCCUCCCCCCUUAGCAGAUCCAAUGGAAACCCAGGAAUUCCCAUCGCCACUGAGAGGCUCUGCAAGAGAGGAGCUAUUCAGCACGGAAAUUGCUUAUUCUGAGCAGGCAGCCAUCCUGCUCAAAGGAUCUUUCCCAAGGGAAUCUAGGAGGAUAAAGGAUGAGAGUUGUUUACCUGUAAGUGCAAGACUUUGCUAUAUCCUAGCAGAUUCCUGUGGUUGUGAUUUGACAAUUAUGAUAAUAAUCACCAAUAAUAGCGACAUAAUAAUUUGCAUUGACUCUGAUAUGUCACUCCAAUCUCCAUCCCCCUGUCCUUCUUGCUUUAGAAAUUUAAGAUUCCCAAGGGGAGGCUGGGAGUGACCAAGAUAGGAGACUUAUCGCUGCAGGAUAUGAAAAAGAUUCCCACGCUGGCACUCAUUGAGCUAACUGCUCUCUGCGACGUUGUUGGCUUGGAGCUGAAGAGAAACAAAGCAGUAAAGCGGAAGGCUGCAGGUACCUGUUUUCCUACUGCUUGUUAGCAUGAAUUUGACAUCUUGUGGUUCUUGUCACUGACUAAAAUUAGGGAAGGAAAACUAAUAGUAGUUCUCAACUAUCUGAGUAAAAGGGCCUAUCUGCAAGCGGUCUCCUUUUGGGAGAGCUUGCAGAUGUUUUAAUCAGCAGAUUUGGUGUAUGUACGGCAAGGAUGUGGGUCUUGCAGGUAUAGUCGAACUCCUGUUCCCCUCAUCCCUGACCAUCGGCCAUGCUAGCUGGACAGGUGAAGUCCAAUAAUGCCUGGAGCACCACCAUGGAUUCUCCAUGCCUGAUCUGAGACAUGUGUGCCUUGAAUUGGAUCGGCACGGGUUCCCCUGCUAUCCCUGUAAGAAAAAGGGAGAGAGACUAGUGUGGACUAGCAUUGGCUAUGCACAGUGUACACUUUGGGCAGUUCUACACGGGUGCUUAGUAUUUUGGGGUAUUGCAGAUGGGCCAUUGGCAACAGCAUUUUGUUUUCUUGUAAAAAACAAAAACCCCUACCAAAAUCUUGCUGAAUUUUCCUUGAUAAGGGCAAACCUGAUGGGGUUGGGGAUAUAGGCUAGUAUUUUGAUUAUAACAGUAUUGUGUGAAUGUGGCAGGUAUCAUGAUAAUUGGCCCUUCGUGAUGUCACUUCCUGGAUUUCUGUGGAUGGCUGUGUGUCCUUACUUAUUAAUUGAGGAAACAUAAAUAUUUAUUUAUUUAUAGAUGAAAUAUUUUUUAACACUUAUAACACAGCGUCUUCCAUUGCAGAGCGCAAGCUUUUUGGGGUUUCACUUGGCACUUUGUUAGAAAACGACGAAAAGCUCUUCCCAAAUACCAGGGUUCCAUUGAUUCUGCAAGCAGUAAGUUUAUUUCACAACUUCAUUUGUUUUUCUCCUGGUUUUUCCCCCCAUAAAAAAAUAUCAUUGUCUAUUCUUUGCUUUGAGCUUCAUUGCAAGCUCUUUGUUGCCUUUUGGUGAUGACGUUUUGUUGUCUUCUUUUAUAGUUGCUGUCGUGUUUAGAAAAGAAAGGUCUGGACACGGAAGGAAUCCUAAGAGUUUCAGGAUCACAGAGCCGCAUUAAGGUAGAAUUCAAUGGUCAAAUUAAUAUCCUAUGAAAUGUCCUGCAGUUCCUUGGAAACUUAGGUGUUCCUCAUGAGAAGGUCACACUUCCCGCAUAGAUUUUGAUCUACAGCAGGGGUCAGCAAACUUUUUCAGCAGGGGGCCGGUCCACUGUCCCUCAGACCUUGUGGGGGGCUGGGCUAUAUUUUUUUUGGGGGGGGGAAAUGAAUGAACGAAUUCCUAUGCCCCACAAAUAACCCAGAGAUGCAUUUUAAAUAAAAGGAUACAUUCUACUUAUGUAAAAACACGCUGAUCCGUGAGCCGGAUUUAGAAGACGAUUGGGCCGGAUCUAACUCCCGGGCCUUAGUUUACCUACCCAUGAUCUACAGCUACAGUAUCUACAUUCCCCUGUGAUAUGCAGACAGAGGAGAGUGCUGGGUAUGAUCCAGACUAAGGUGGAUAAAAAAAGGAUACCAUGGCCUACCUCUGGAUUACUAAUUUAUUGUGGGCAACCUAACACCUUCUGGUUGCUGAGAUUCUUGUAAAAAAAAAAAUUGGACUAGCAAGGUAAUUGUGCCUGCAGUCAUUUAUCCCUACCCCUUCCCAUGUUUACUUUUCCCAAAUCUUUCUACCUUCAGUAUGUGACUUUCCCCUCUUUCACUUUUCCCCCCAGAGCCUGGAACAAAAGCUAGAAAGUGAGUUCUAUACUGGUUUCUUCCAGUGGGAUGAGGUCCAUCAGAAUGAUGUCUCUGGCUUGCUGAAGAGGUUCAUCCGGGAACUGCCCACCCCUCUGCUGACAGCAGAAUACUUACCUGCCUUUGCAGCUGUGCAAAGUGAGUUAGGCCUUGGCUAAAGAGAUCCGGCCCUGCCACCUUAAGCACUGAUUUCCAUCUUCUUCCUUGUUGAGCAUAUUAGGUGGCAGUUGUAUAGCAGAUACGUUGUUAGACGUCAGAUAACCAAGGUCAAUUUCUUGCUCAGCCAUAAAGCUCUCACUCAAGAAACCUUGGGCAAAGUCAUGCUCUGUAAAGCUAAGCCUAAAUUUUCCAGAGCUUCUUGGGGGGAAGAGUGUGAUACAAGUGUCACUGACGGAUGGCUGUGAGCCAGGGAUGGGGAACCUGUUGCCCUCAAGAUGUUGCCAGAUGGUCAACUCCCAUCACCCCCAGGAUGACUGUAGUUGUAGCCCAACAGCACCAGGUUGUCCUUCCACACACUAAGGGGUGGGCAUUUUCAGGUGACUGAAUAGGAACAAUGGCAGAUAUGCCAUCCUCUUAAAGGUGCAUGGUGUUGUCUGUGUGCAUUAACUGUUGGAGUAAUCCGACAUUUCUAAGGCUGUGGGAGUUGUCUUCAUCUCAUGCUAAGCCAUGCACGCUACUUAAGAAACUGCCUAGAUGUUACAUGCUGGUUACUGCGUACGAGAGGCAAUGAGUGAGUAUGAAAUAGUGUGGCCCUGAUAUGUAAAACAGUCUUCUACUGGUAUAGUCAAACCUCGGUUCCCGAACGCCUCUGUUUUGGAAUGUUUCGGCUCCUGAACGCCGAAAACCCGGAAGUAGGUUUUCCGUUUUUUGGAACCGGAACGUCCGACGCGGCUUCCGCUUGAGUGCAGGAAGCUCUUGCAACCAAUCAGAAGCUGCUCCUCGGUUAUCAAAUGUUUCAGAAGUCGAACAGUCUUCCGGAAUGGAUUACGUUCAACAACCGUGGUUUGACUGUCUAUAAAAUGCAGUUUUAAAGAGGCAGAGCUUCUAGGUCAAUGUUAUCUUCUUCCCAGUAAUUUUGGAUGUUGAUUGUUCCUUCCAUUAUAGAUAUCCCAGAUCUGAAACAGAGGCUGCAGGCUCUCAAUCUGCUUAUACUGAUUUUGCCAGAACCCAACCGAAACACCCUGAAGGUAAUAUCGCCACCUCCUGGGGAUCGUAGUGCCCUGACUGUAGAGUGCAAAAUGAUACAUAAACACAUUAUUUUACAACUGUGGUAUUGCUGUACAGACAACAUUCUUACAUCACAAUGUUGCAAAUACGUUGUCUGCAAGCAUUCUCAUAUUCAUCAUCUCAGAACCCAGAGACAAUUUGACAUCUCUCUCCCCUGCCUACAGCUGAUGUUUGAUAACGGAAAAUAAUUUUCCUCCCCUUUUUCAGGCUUUGCUGGAGUUUCUGAGGCUGGUGGUUACCAGGGAGCGGAAAAACAAGAUGAAUCUUUGGAACGUUUCCACAGUCAUUGCUCCAAAUCUUUUCAUGCACAAGGGGCUGCCGAACAAGAUCCCAGAAGGGAAGGAGAAACAGCUGGCUGAGGGUGCGGCGGACGUGGUGCGGAUGAUGAUCCAUUAUCAGGAUUUACUCUGGACUGUAAGUUGGGGCCAUAUUUUCCGAGUCAUCCUUGAAUUGCCAUUGAUAAAACUCUAUAUUGAUUUUUAAAAUACAGUCAUAGCUUGGGUUGAAUGUGCUUCAGGUUGAGCGCUUUCGGGUUGCGCUCCGCGGCAACCCAGAAGUAACGGAGCGCGUUACUUCUGGGUUUCACCGCUUGCGCAGAUGCUCAAAAUGACGUCAUGUGCAGAAGUGGCAAAAUGCGACACGCGCAGACGCGCCGUUGCGUCUUACGUUCCAUUCAGGAUGCGAACGGGGCUCCGGAACGGAUCCCGUUCGCAUCCCGAGGUACCACUGUAUCUUUUUGGUAUUUAAAAUGGCAGCCGCAUAGAAUGUAAGAGCCUUUUGGGUGAGGCCAAUGGCCCAUUUCGUCCAGCUAUCCUGAUCUCACAGUAGCCAACCAGAUGCCUAUGGGAAGCCCAGAAGCAGGACCUGAUUGUAACUAGAGCUGGGAAAAUUGUCUGAAACAGUAUCAGAUUGUGACACCGGUUUUUGAGCUGGCAGUACAUCGCAGUGGCCGGAGAGCCAUGAAGUAUUCCCAGCUCAAAUUGCCUGCAGACAAAUUGACUUCCCUCCCCCUCCAUUCUGCCUGCAGCUGAUUUUUGACAACGGAAAUAAUUUUCUUCCCUCUUGGCCUCUGUCUUCCUGUCUGCCUGCGCCUUUGAGGAAGCCCCACAUCCCACUCCCUGGCUUGUGCGAGCUGGAGAGGUUUGGGGACUUGGGCUGGGUGAUGUAUCUUGGCUGCCUCCCCUAAGAUGGGGAGAAAGAAGCAGCCGAGAUACAUUCCAGACAUUGCGAUAUAUCAGAAUAUCGUGGAAUUUAGCUGCUGAUAUAUCACAGUGUUGAAAACAAGGUAUCACCCAGCUCUAAUUGUAACAGCACUCUUUGUGAUACCAAGCAGCUGUUAUUCAGAGCUGUAGGUACAGAGUUUUGGAAUAAAAAAUCCUAAAAAGAAGGUCAGACCUGCUGCGCCAGAAAGGUUUCCCUCCCAUCCACCCCUCUCUACAUCCCUUCUGUUUCUCCUCUCUUCAGGAGAUACUUUCAGAAUGACAACAGCCUCACAACUCUUUCUUUUUUUGCAUUCCCUUUUAGGUUGCAUCUUUCUUGGUAUCUCAAGUGAGAAAACUGAACGAGAGCAGCAGCAGGAGGUACCAGUUCUGUGACAGGAGGAUCAAAAACCUGUUAAGGAAGAUUAAUCUGGACAAGGAGAAGACUGAGAAAAACCAUGGCGAAGUGAGUAAAAUCCCCAUUGCCCACUGCAUUGUUAAUGCAUUGUUGAUGCGUUAAGAGCAUCCUUCACCAGGCUGGUGUCCUCUAGGUAUCUAGGCCUACAAUUCCAUAAGAACUUAAGAAGAGCCUGCUGGACCUGGCCCAUGAAGUCCAGCGUCCUGUUCUCUCGGUGGCCACUUUGAUCCCUGUAGGGGCUCAAAUAAGACCCAAUCAUAAGAGCACUCUCUCCCCUGCAGUUUCCAGAAACUCCUAUCCAGAAAUAUUGCUGCCCCCACAGCCAUGCUGGCUGGAGCUGAUGGGAGCUGGGAGUUGUAGUCCAAAAUAUCUGGAGGAUUCCAGGUUGCUGAAGGCUGCAUUAGAAGAUGGAACUGUGGCCAGCCAGGCCCACUUGCAAUUGUCUUUUGGCACAUGCAAACUGUAGGAUAAGUCUUCGCAUGUUGACUCAGAGUUAGAUUGGAUUUGCAAGCGUGAGUGAUUUAGCAGAAUAAGCUGGGAGAGAUACAGAUAGAACUUUCAAGGAAUUAGUGGGCCACUACCAUGUUUGGCUGUUGGUUCUCAGAGAGGCAACAGCAGCAGUUGUAGGAUACACGGGAUCUUGUGGUUUGAUGCCUCUUAGAUCUGUACUUAAAAAAAAAAAAAAGAACUCUUCUUGUCUGAGGACACAUCUAGCUUUGUAGGUGGGAGUCAACCAUGUUCUUACAGAUUCAGGUUGUGCAAUUAAAAAGGGACUGGCAUUCUGGCAUGGCAUACCACCUUAAGAAACCCAGAAUUGCUUUAGACAACAUUGUAUAACCUCCCUGCAAACUAAAUUGGAAUGAAUGCUCAGCGAAUAGCCAACAUAUCUUUAUAACCACCUUGCAAACCUUGUGCAAAAAAAUCAGGAUGAAAGUCCAGUAAACAGGUUAUCUGGAAGUGACCUAGGCCCAUCUGAUAUUUCUUGUUUGCUUUUUUAAAUCAAAUGAUUCCCCAGAAAUCUGUUUUGUGUGGACCUUUUGGUUCUCAGUGGCAACCAAACUCUGAGAUGCCUGGCAUGCAGGUUUUUGGUUGUUUUUUAAUUGCUGUAUAUGAGAUUUGCUCAAUGGAGAGAGAGAAAUUAUUUGCAUGGUCAACUGGCUGAUGGUGAAAUUUUCUGCUUGAAACAAACACUUUCCUUGUGUAAACACCAGGGGGCACUCAUGCUUACUUUAUUAACUCUAGUCAAAUGCUACUGCUUCUCACGCUGUGUGACGGAAUCAAAUUUAAUCUUUAUUGCUUUGCAUCCAUCCUGCCCUUUGCCUGCUUAUGGAGAAGAGCAUACAUAACCAUUUUACUUGGAGGAUAACAAGCAUUUUCAAACAGAGUGUUUGAUUAGGUCUUCAUGUUUUGUGCACAUGCUUUGGAUUUCCUUACAUCUAAGUUUCCUCCCGCCGCCCCCCCUAAUAUUGCCUCCUUCAUCUUCCAGCCAUCCAAAAUAGUGAAAGUCCAGGCUUCCCCAUUCCUAAAGGAUUCCCUGGAAGUUCGCUUAACCAGUGGAACCAAAGCUGCAGAUGUCCUGAGGCAGUUCCAGAAGAACCUCUGUCAAAACGGCUGGAAUAUUGUCAACACGGUCAAACUUAUCAAAUGGUAAAAGCACUUCCUCUCCUUAGCUUAGAAGGAAAUGUAGCUUGUCUUCUUUAUGCGUGAUUAGGCAGGAGGCUUUUUUUAAUGUCUGUUGAGAUGAGAAGCAUUUAAUGAAGGGCACUUCCGCUGUGUCACUUAAAUCCGUCUUUUUUCUUCUUCUACGAGUGGAAUCCAAUGUUGAGCUACGCCAGUGGUCUGUCAGUGCAAGACUUUCUCUGUGUCAAAGGAAACAUUCUCUCCCUCUCAGAUUUUACACUGAGGUCCAGCUCCGAGGGCCUUCUGGCAGUUCCCUCACUGAGAAAAGUGAGGUUUCAGGGAACCAGGAAGAGGGCCUUCUCGGUAGUGGCGCCCACUCAGUGGAACGCCCUCCCAUCAGAUGUCAAGGAAAUAAACAACUACCUGACUUUUAGAAGACAUCUGAAGGCAGCCCUGUUUAGGGAAGUUUUUAAUGUUUGAUGUCGUAUUGUGUUCUAAUUUGUUGGAAGCCUCCCAGAGUGGCUGGGGUAACCCAGUCAGAUGGGCGCAGUGCCGGAUUUACAUGAUAAGCUAAACAAGCUAAAGCUUAGGGCCCCUCUCUCUUGGGCCCUCCCCCCAAAAAUAAAAUUUAAAGGGAAAAAAGCCUGGAAAUACAUUUCCAAAAUAUAAGAUAAAAAACAAACAAAUUUGAUAAAAUACAAAUUUUGUUAUGUGCAAAUGGCUUUAGAUACCUGUUAGGUCCAUAAAUUUCCAUAUAGCAUAUAUUCAGUUUGUUGAUGACAAAGGACAGCUGAACAUAUAAAGGGCCCCAUUACCUUCAGUAGCUUAGGGCCUCAUCAAACCUAAAUCCGGCCCUGGAUGGGCAGCAUAUAAAUAAUAACAAAUCAUUAAUAUAAUUAUCCCCACACACCCGCUAAAUGUCUUUUAGGGUCCCCCUCCCCCAAAGGUCUGGAGCAGAUCUGGGGAGUGCAUAGGAUGCAUGCAUGCGGAGGGGCAGAAAGCCCCAUUGUGCACUGAUGGGGCACAGUAGUUGAUAGCUGGGAACUGUGUGUUCCAUGCACAGUGUGCAAAUGUUUCUGGAUACAGGGGGAGACCAUCCAGUGGUUGUGAUCUUUUUAAACCAUUGCUGGCAACUCCUUAGGUCAGGUUUGGGUGCUGCUCUUGAGAGCCCCUAACUUCAGAGGAAAGCUUUUUUCGGGUUGGGGGUGAAACUGCUAUUGGGAGGAGAAGCUAAAAGCGUUUAUGUGAGUAUGAAACACCAGCCCACAGCCCAUGCAUUUAUUUAAUUUGAAUGUAAUGGGUAAGAGAAUACAGUUGUAACCUGGUAAGUUGAACAGCCUAGUUCUUGAACGUUUUGGCUCCCGAAUGAUCUCCCGAACAAUCGAAACCCAGAAGUGACUGUUCUGCUUUUCGAACUUUGUUUUGGAAGCUGAACGUCCGAUGGGGCUUCAGAUUGGCUGCAGGAGCUUCCUGCAGCUAAUCAGAUGCCACACUUUGGUUUUCAAACGUUUUGAAAGUCGAGCUGACUUCCAGAAUGGAUUCCGUUCGACUUCCAAGGUACAACUGUAUACAUAUCAGAACCUCAAACCCACUCAAGUCUUCGUAUGCCCUAAGAGCAUUUCCUUCGAUAGCCGUUCCUUUCCCCCAGCAAACUCCAGGACUGUAAUUCUGUGAAAAGGGGGAAGGCUUGGGAUUGCUAACAAGCUUUUCAGCUUCUGAACUACAGUUCCCAGGAUUCUUUGGGGGAGUGGUAAGAGGAAGGGAGUGAGAUGCAAAAUUAGAAGUUUGUGUGUGUGUGUGUGUGUGUGUGUGUGAGAGAGAGAGAGAGAGAGAGAGAGCAUUAUGCAGAGGAAAUUGUUCCACAACUUUAUGAAAUUAAAGCGUUAUAGAAACCACGGUAACCUCCCUGAACACAUUGACUGGUAGUUUUAAAUGCUUGAUUGGGCAUGUAAUAAAAUCAUAGUCUUCUUCUACAAGUGGAAUGUGAAUGCUGAUUUUGUGCAUAGAUCCGUUCAGUUAUGCGGUAUCUAUGGCAACCAGAGGACUCAUCCCACCUUGCAGAAGAAGAAAGAGACUAGAGUGAACCCAUUGACACCUGUGACUCAAACAGUUGACACUCUUGAACAAGUUUUGCUGUUUAAAAAUGCCAGGGGUGGGGUGGGGGGUGGGGAGAGAAGAGAGCAAUGAAGCAUUUGGAAAAACCUUAUUAAGUUUUUUUAUUUGCUUUACUUAUUUCAAAAAUACUCAGUACAACCUGUCACAUAAAACUUAUCAAGGCGGUGUACAAAAUAAAAAUACCAGAAUACAUAUAUAUGACUUAAAAGGUAAAGGUAAAGGACCCCUGACAGUUAAGUCCAGUUGCGGACGACUCUGGGGUUGCAGGCGCUCAUCUCGCUUUACUGGCCGAGGGAGCCGACGUUUGUCUGGAGACAGCUUUUCGGGUCAUGUGGCCAGCAUGACUAAACCGCUUCUGGCGAACCAGAGCAGUGCACGGAAACGCUGUUUACCUUCCUGCCGGAGUGGUACCUAUUUAUCUACUUGCACUUUGACGUGCUUUCGAACUGCUAGGUUGGCAGGAGCAGGGACCGAGCAACGGGAGCUCACGCCGUUGCGGGGAUUCGAACCGCCGGCCUUCCGAUCGGCAAGCCCUAGGCGCAGUGGUUUAGAUCACAGCACCACCCGCGUCCAUAUUACUUAAAAUGAUCCAUUACAUUUAAUGUGCAUGUUUUUUUAAAGGCAACCUUAAAGGAUAUUUUCCAAUCCACUAUACCGUUUUAACAUGAGCUGGCCAUCCUCAGGUCUAGAACAGUUUCCCCCAACCUAAUGCCUUCCAUGGCUGAUAGUCAGGGAUGAUGGGAAAUAUAGUUUUGAGCUACAGCUGGAAGGCGCACCAUGUUGCAGAACUCUCAUUUAGAGCAAUUCCAAUAUAUAUAAAUAUUAGCCUCUUUGUCUUGGAAAUGGUUAUAAUUAGUGUGUGUGUUUUUUAAAUUUUGCAGUAAUGGUUCGGUAGAUACGAUGAACCUGCUCUUCUAUGAAGUCGGCGGCAACAUAAGUAUGUAAAUUUGAACUGUUGUCAUUUUAUUUUUCAUGGUGGGGAAUGUGAGUUAGUGGGUUAAGAGGUGGGCAGCUGAAGCAAACAGUUGUCCUAGGAAUGAGUCAAAAUGGGGAACCACUAGGAAUUAGCAGGCCUAAGCCUUGCUAGGCCACAUAGGGUUGCUUAAAGGCAUUUCCUUAAUAAUCAAGCAAAUAACCAAGUAAGCUGGUUUUUAAAAAAUGCUCGAAGUGGCUUUGAACAAAGAAAACAGAAAUACAUUUCGAACAAAGAGUACAGAAACAAUUUCAUAGUAACAAUUUCCUAAUGAUAAUAAUAAUAACAAAACAAUAGCAGAUAUAAUAAUGUACAAAACCUACAUUUCAAUGCUAUAAAUAUAACAUUACCUAAAUGACAAGCAGUAUCCAAAAGCAAAAAUAAGAAGAGAGCUUCACAGUUUCACUUAGUCCUCCUGAAAACACUUCUCCCAUGAUGUGGUUAAUGAUUAUGCCUCUAUCUCUUUUUUAGCCUUGAUUAGGAACAUAGGAAACUGCCUUAUAACAAGUUGGCUCAUAAGUUCCUGUGGCUCUAUACUGUCUUGCUUCUCCCAUAGCCACAGCCUUGGAUUCAAGCAGAAAUCAAGCAUGGCUUCUGCUGGCAGUCUUCUUCCAGCCCAGCACUUACACACCUCUGGCUCUUGUCCUUCUCACCAACACCCAGGUGUAGAGGGCGGAGGCACACCUAUUUGACUUCUGGCACAAAACCACUUUCUUUGUUACCCUAACAACCCAUACUUAGAGUGGCCUUUAGCUCACCAAGAAGCUGGCCUGGCCAUUCCAGCAAUUGAAUCCUUGGUGGAUUCAGGAACAAGAAGGGACUCAUGCUUAUAGGCAACCCACCCACCCCACAACUCACAAUACUAGUAAUCCAGAAAAUGAUAGGAGAUAAUAUUUUCCAAAGUCCUGGCACUAUUAGGGAGUUUAUUAAAUAAUCUGAAAUCAAGUUACCCAAAGUUACCAGGCCCAGGAGGAAUAGUGAGAUCUAUAUUUUUUGGGAAUGGUUUCUUUAAAAUAAUUUUUUUUCCUCUGUCCCAACAGGUGAACAUUGCUUGGACCCAGACACAUACCUCUUAGACCUGUACCAUGUGAAUCCUCAUGCAGAAUGGGUUAUAAGACAAAACCCAUCUUUUCCAAGGACACUCUAGGAAGACUGGCGAGAGGGAAAUGACCUAGCUGGAAAUUAUGUUAAACAAAUAGUCAAAUGGGGCCGGGGUGGGGAUGAAUUUUUUAUUCUUGGAUUUUUAUUUUUAUUUUAAUGGGAGGCUGUGAAAAAAGAAGCAAUUCCCUUUAACUGUUCACAUGAACUUGUGGCUAAUUGAAGGGUUACAUUGGGGUAGCAGAGCUUCUAUAGGAUGUGAAUGCCUGUAGUAAAGGACUUCUGGAAAGAAAGUUUUAAAAAGAGACAGUCUUGUCUUUGAAGAAAUUGAUGGAGAUCAUCUGGGUUUGAUUCUUUUAAUGCGCAAGCUUCAGGUUCUCACAUUAGUGGAAAGACACCCCAGUGAACAAAUGUGCUGUCAUGUAAAGCCUGCACACUUUCUAAAGAAGUAAGGCUUCUUGGAUAGAAGCUGGGGUUAUCUACAUUUUGCUUCAUUUUGUUUCUGAAGGGCUUACUAGGUAACCAAAUUGCCUGGAAUGUAAAGGAGAAGUUCUGCCCUCAAAAUGCUAAUGUCCCAAGCACAGUGUUGGUGACAUAUUAACUAUACACAACUGUAGGUGUGCAAUGUCUUCUGGGAUGCAGCCUUGACAUUGCAGUUCAGUGCACAAACGUGUAUUUGUGUGCGCACACACAGUUCCACAUACAUGUUGCUAUUUGAUUAGAGUAAACCAUCUCAGUAUUACUGUUUAAUUCAACCUUUUUAAUAUUCAGAUUGGAUUUCACAUCCCUGUCUGGUUGUAAUAAUUUUUUCCUUUAGAGAAACUCCCCAGCAGAGACUUGUCUUCCUAUACUGGGCCCUAACAAGUCUUUUCGUUAUGACCAAGACAAUCCAGAAACACCUGAGCCAUAUAACGUUCUUAGUCUUCAUGUCUUCAUUGUUUCUUUGGUGUUACAUUUUUAAAACGUUGUGUUUGUAGGUAUAUUUACCAAAAGCCUGUUGAAAUGAUCUAGGUUUUUCUGGAGAAAGUGAUGAUCUGUACUUAAAGAUCCUCCUUUCCUUGUUUGCUCACAUUUUUUAAAAGGCCAAAAUAUCCACCUAAAUGUGUAGAGGGUUUCUCAAAAUUGCUAGUUUUGAAUAUCUGUAUUUUGCACUUGUGACUUAAAAGAGGGCCUAUUUAUUUUGAAAAUGUCAACUAAUAGAGACAUUUAAAUGGUUAUUUCAUGUUAUCCACUUCCAAACUAGUGGACGUGAGAAAGCUAAACCCUUUCUCAGCCUGAACACCAGAGCUGAUGUUGUCAGAAGAGCAAAAUAUGAACACAUAUGCCAGAAGAUUGCCUCAUUUGGACAUAAAAGGGUUUAGAAGGAGGCAUUUUGUCAGCAUAAGAAAGGAAUUCGUGCUUGAGGGUGGAUGAGUAGGGCGGGGAGUCCACCUUUAAUACAAACAUGCAUUACACAUCUGAUCUCUGUAGAAAUGCAGCUUUGGAAGGAAGGAAGCAUGUAUCUGAAACCCCAUUUCUUCUUUUGCAGCAGGGAGGGGAGAAGCUGCCUACACUAGUAGGGAAAUGGUUAAUGCCCCUCCCUGCUGCUCAGCUGUCAAUCAUGCCCUCCUAAGGCUGCCAUUUUUUUGAAGAGAGGAUCAAGGGCUGUUGCAUGUAACAUCUGGUGAAUGAGUUGCCAUUUGGAUAGGAAGAAAGCAAAUUAACCUGGGAAGUUACUUUCCACUUGCCCUGUACUUUCCUUCCUUAGCCCCAUUUAUAGUAUCAUCUGACUCCUUGCCCUCCAGUGUAAAUGGGUGGCGUUGAGAGGUGAUGCGUGGGUAGUUCACGAAUCCCUUGGGGCUUUAUUGGAGGUCGGAAUGAGAAAUUGCAUGAAGAGGUGUCUCCUGGUAAAAAUGGCAACAGCAUGUAAAUCUCCUCUUCCUUCCCUCUGUGUAAGGUUGAGUCUAUCCUAGCCCCAUGUCUUGGUAUCAUUACCGCCAGUGUUUUCCCUUCCCAACCUCACUGAUAGUCAGUGCUGGGGGCAAGGAAGUAGGGAAUCAUGGUGACAUCACAACACAAAGCAAGUUUUAUUUAACCAUACAGAUGGGGGCGGGGAAUAGUUUAUGCGGAAGCUGUUUUCUUCUAAAGCUGUGUUGUUUCAUUCUGACCAGAGUGCUGGAGUCAUGUCUUGCUCAGCAUAAACAUUUUCCAACUUUGCAUUUCUCAUCCUUUGUAGACUUUUACCAGAGAAAGGAUAGGUGCAGAAGUCCAUUAGAAUUUUCUGGAAAAGUACUAACAGAUCCACAGGCUGGAUGACUCAGAUGUGUUUAGGAAAGUAUCUACAUGUCACAGCACAGCCUUAAAAGAAUACAGAAUUGCCUACAAAAUCCCUUGAGUAUUUUUUUAUAGGUAUAGCACACUCUAAAUCCACUGUUCAAAAUUGUUUCAUGCCAAUGCAUGGAAAGUAGUCAGUACAGAACAGUCUUCCCCAACCUGGUGCCCUCUGCAUACUCCCACCCAGCUAGCAUGGGAAACUUUCCAGGAGUUAUGGGAGUUGUAGUCCAAAGCUUGGGGAAGGCUGGUGUAGAACUUUAAGAGCAUAGCAGGCUUGCCAAGCAGAGGGUAUGCUUUGAUCCUGUAUGAUAAAGGGUGCAAGGUGGCAAUUUUGGUAACUCCGAAAAGGUCAAGGUAGAAGAGAAGCCAAUCUCUGCUUCCAAGAUAUGAAAAUUAAGUUUUGUACUUGGGGCCAAUUUGAAUGAAUAGCUUGGGGGAUUAAAGAAGAUGACUCGGAUUCCUCAAAUGCUAACAGAGUAAUAUGAAAUGAGUAUUGUGAAAAGCUAUGUGUGCAGGAGCAAAACCCGAGAGAAACUAACAUUUGAGGGGGAAAGAUGGUGUAGGCCCAAUUUGUCCACAAUAUUGAUGGUCUGUCAUCACUUUCACUGUCUUUUUGUGUCUCUAGAAAUUUUAUUGAUGGCAGUUAAAGUGGCAAGGCAUAAAAUGGUAAAGCUCACUUGUGUGUGUGCGUGUGUGUAUUUUUUUAAAAAACGAUGGUUUAUAUUAUUUUUAAUGCUGUAUUUAAUCAAUAAAGAACUAGAUACGUUUCCA